AUGCCAGUAGCCAUACGGAAAAGAAGCUGGGAGGAGCAUGUGACUCAUCCUUCAGGAUUACAGUACAGCUAUGAUGAUUUAGAUCUGGUGUGCUGUCAUGGGGUGGACAGUGAGGGGUCUUGGAUGGAGUCGGGGGCUUCCAAACAAGGUCGCCGAAUGAGGUGUGCUUCUAUGCCAGAGGGCUGCCACCGAGUGCCCACAAGUGAGGACGAGGCUCGGACUCUUGAGCCAACAACAUUUGAAGUAAAUGAUGACAAAGACUCAGGACAAUUGCUGAAAAACAAUGUAAAUGUUCCCGUAGAUUUGAAGGAGGAGUCACUUCAUGACAUUUCCCAAGAGGCCUCUAAAUCUGAGCAUCUACAAACCACAAAUGUUGGGAAUUCCGGGGAAAUUCACUGUAGCUCAAACAGUGGGAUGUCUUGCGCAAACAUCUCUCUUACAACUGAUUGCAAAAAUAAUAUGGGUGUUGAAGGUGAAGUUGGCACAGGGGUCAGCCAGAGUUGUGAUGCUGGCAAUGACAACGGUGUCUAUAAAAGUCCACAUAUCUCUUGUGAAGAACAACAAUGCAUCUCUAUCUCUUGUAACAAUGGGCCUCUACUGUCUAAAUCUGCUGGUGAGCAGCAUGGCAAACUUCCAAAUUAUCAGGAAACAAAGGAGAGCCAUGUAGAGGAUGACUGCAGAUCUCCUGAGAUCUCUGGGACUGCUCAGAACUGGUCGUCUGCUGCUGAACUGGAACCUCAAACUGACCUUCCAGAUGUCAAGGAACAAACCUUUUCCACUUCUGGCCUUGUGGAUACAAGUGUGACCUUACCUACCAGUCUGCUAGACAAUUCAGUUAAUAUGAUGGAGAGUGAUGGAGUGAUGUCACUGGCUAACACAACUGUGCAACCGGUUGUGAAUGUAGCGCCGGAGGAAGUAUCGGAGAAAGUAGCCAAUGACAGCUGGAGUACAGAUUCUGCUGAAAAACUGGAUCCAUUAAAUGACCCAGAAACUCCAAAUGGAAAUACAGGACUUGAACGUGGCUCAAGAGACAUUCAAGAAAGAGACUUACUGGAUGCAACUUAUAAUUGUGAGAUAUCCUGCCAGGAAUUGCCAAGACAGUGUGAGAUUGAAACAACGGCACAGGUCAGGCAUCAGGAAGGACAAAGUUUACAAGCAGAAUGCACAGAGAAAGCUGUCAAAGACAGGAAUGGGUCAAUAACACCAUCUGAUAUUUGUGUCAAAGGUCAGUGUUGCUUAUUGACAGUUGAAAAUGUGUCGUCUACAAAACCAGACAAUAUAAAUGUAGAAGGAAGCCCAUUGCAGGCCAUCAGUCAACCUCCAGAAACGGACAAACAAUCGACGGCUUCCUUAAAUGAAUCAACAGAAAACACUGAUGAAAUUUCUGUUUCCAAAGAGUUGGCUUGUUGUGAGGAUCAAGUCGUGGCUCAGCAGUUGGAAAAUAGCUGCUCAAAGCUGGAUACCAUCCUAGAAGUAAGCCACGUCGAGCCAGAUGACACCCCUGCACUGAGUCCACGAGAGAACUCAGAUUUCUCCCAAAAUCCAGAUGCUCAGCACCUCCAGAUGAGCGAUAACUCUUCAGCUACUGAACAGCACCCUGAAAACCUGCCUCCAAACUCUGCAGAGGUCAGCGAAGAGCUCUCACCAGAGGGACACCAUGGCAACCAAGAGGCCUCUGAGUGUUGCUUUGGUGAGUCACCUGCCUCUGAGGUGGCAGAUGGUCAAAGGGAACACCACCACAGACCUGAAACUGCUGUGUCUAGAAUGGAGGAGUCAGAUGAGGAAGGACAAGCUGUUAUUCUCAGUGACACACAACUUUCCAGCCCAGUUUUAAAUGGAACAAAUGAACCAGGAGAUCAGAAAGUUGAUGUUGUCGUCAGAGUGCGCAUGAGAAAGGUAGGGAUGCAUUGAAGAUACAUUAUAUGGGAUGCAGAAUAUAUCAUUUGCCAUUGUUUCUUUGUGAAAACAUGUCUGGCUCUUGUGCUUCUAAAAAUGAGAUUAUUUGUCUGAAUGAACUUCCUGGAGAUGUUGAGCUGAUGAAUAAUUUUUGUCCCACACUCUAGCGAGCGCCUUGGAAAACAAUGACUUCACUCUCACAUGCUUUCAGAUCUGUGAGUGGGGGGGAUCUGUGAAAUGUUUUACUCUUUCUCAACUGCUCAUUGCAAAACAAGGUCCUAUAAGGGCAUGGAGACUAUGAGCACUGAGUGGGCUCAGAGGCUCAAGUACUCUCCGAGGUGAAAGACUUGACUUGCUCUCCUGAAAAUACUGUAACAGAAGUCCCUCUAGCCUGUGAACUUUUUGAAUACAGUAAAGUACAGAAAACUGGACAAACAAUUCUGAAUUUUUCAGGUCAAUGAGAAAAAAGAUAAAGCAAAAAAACGUCUGAAAACCGACUGCUUUUAUUCGCAUCCAGUAGUUGCGGUUGGCUUGUUUGGUAUGACAAAAAUGACAAAACCAUUAUUUACAUCAGUUUGUAUCAAAAAGGCAUGUUGUUUAGACAAGAACCAUAUUGUCAAUGGUUAAAAUUCUUGGAAAGUGUGCUUCUUGAGAAUAAUCAUCCACAGCAUUUCUUGAAGUUACGUGUAGCAGCAACAGAUUUACAUUUUUUAUUAGUUUAUUAAUGUGAGAAAUAUGUAUUUUUGUUCAUGUUCAGUUGUUGUUGUUUUUUUACCUGCUCUAAUGAACUAUUAGUCAGUGAUUUAUUUGGCCCACCUUCCCAGAGGUUCAUACAUCAGUACAUCAGUAGGAGUGGGAGAAAAAAUUGAUACAGCAUAGUAUCGGGAUAUUUUGUCUGGUGAUAUAUCGUAUCGUCUCAUUUACCAAGUAUCAAUUUUUCAAAUCAAUUGCUGAUAUGAACUCAAGUCUAUGAUAAUGGGAAAAUAAAAUCAACUAUUUGUCAAGUGAGGUUUGCAAAAGUGACAUCAUAGAGCAGGAGAAAGUUAGUAUGACAAAUAUAUAAAUAUAAAGUUUGCAAGAUGUGCUACAUGAAAAUUAAAUACAGCGUAAGUAAGAUAAACAUAAAGGAAAGACAAAUACUAAAUUAACUGAACAGUUGAAAACACUGUAUAAAUCACAAUACAUUGUAUCACAAUGCUCACUGUAUUGAAAAAUGUUAAAGAUCGCAAUAAUGUCGUAUUGUGGCCCAAGUAUCUUGAUAAUAUCGUAUCGUGGGGCCACCAGUGAUUCCCACCCCUAUACACCAGUGCAGGUUAUGAUGGCACGUUUGGUGUUAUGUAAUCCCAGAAAACUGCUCAUUAUCACUGCAUUAAUUCAACAUUUAUUCUGUACUAGCAUGACCAAAGUUGACGUCACUCUUUUGACUGCCAAAGGUCCAGAGUAGGGACAUGGAAAACAAGUGCCAUAUUUAUUAUCUCUGGCUCUAGUUUUCAGUUUUAAGAUGACUUUAAAUUCGUACCCAAAAAAACUGACCACCGGUACUCAAAAAGGAGAGAUCAGCCAUAAAGCAGGAGCCCAGAAGCAAUCCAUUCACCAUAUGACGAUUGACUGCUUUCCCUUUGACUGCACCAUAUGGUUUUUUACCAUGUGGUGUAUUUACAUACUGCACAAAGCGAGGUUAUGAAAAAGUAUGGUUUACUAAAGGUCAGGAUGUGCAAAUGAGCAAAAUCCCUUCAAUGAAAGAAAAAAACUGGAGGUACGGAAAGGAAAGGGAAAAAAAGCUUUUUAUUAUAAUAGAGCAACUAUGAAACAGAUGUUAAUUAUCUGGUGGUCAAAGGCAACAUCACCCUAAAGUAUCUUAGAAACGGUUCUUUACCAGCUAAUGAUUAUAUCUCAUCUACAGAGGAGGUGUUGCAGAAUGAGUUUGUAAAAUGAAACCAUCUGGUUUGCAUAAUGGCCACAGAUUAGCCUGAUAUUGGGCUUUGUUACUGUGUUUAUUUGUUUUAGCAACAAGGCUUUAUCCUAACCUGAGGGCCAAACUGACAACAUCAUCUCAGUCAGUUCUCUAUCUGAUCCUUUUCUGCCUUUUUUGACCACAUCCUUCACUAAAUGUUUUUAUUUGCUGACUCUAUACGCAUCAUUUUAACAUUUAACUGCUUUACAGGCAUAUUAUAAUUCAUUAUUGUCUGCUCGCUGCAUUUGACUUAAAAGAAAAGGCGUAAAGUUUUACUGACAGGUCUGAGAAAUGGGACGCAGGGCACAGGGUGUAAGGUUGGAGUUUGAAAAUGAGAGCGAGGAAUGGGGAAGGAGGGGUCUUAAGAGUUCAAACAGUGUGGGAACUGUCUCAAAAAACAGGAAGUGUAGAGAAAUGUAACAGAAACUUCAAAACGGGAAAAGAAGAAAAGAAACCUUCUGAGAGCACCCAAACCACAGGAUGCCCCCUCAAAAAAAAGUUGCAUCUCCACGGCGCCUGACAUCUUGUGCACUUGUUUUUCGUCUCUGCUGUUUUGUGGUUGUUGUUGCCAUCCAGAGCCAGAUGCUUUUGUUCAUUCAGCGAAGCCUCGUAAAGAUGUCAUUGUUUUACCACCGUACAAUGUUUCAUUGUAAAACUUUGCCAAGCAGACAGAAAGCAGCGAUGUGCGCUUCCACCAGCAAGGAAUGCCAAUGAAUGCAUCAGUGUGAGGCACAUUUCCAUGACACACAUGGCCCUUCAUGUCCAUGUGCGCUCUCAGCAAACCCAAUAGGAACUGCUUUGGACAGGCUAAUUGGGCACUAACUGGAAAAUAAAUGUAAGCUCCAGUCAUAAGAUGUUAUUAGGGGCUGGAGCUGGGAGCCAGGCGCAGCGUUAAGGACUGUUUAUCGUGAUGUAGAUGUAGAUCCUAUCUGUGAUCCGUAAACCUGUCAAACUCAAAUGCAUUAGCAUCAGUCAGCCAAUAUAAAUGCUGUUAAUGCAACACACCCUCUGUAAAAUUAACUGAAAAAGUGUGGAGCCAUGCAGGCGACUUCAAUUCAAGUGUGUUUGAUUUAUAUAUGUGUUAACUUUAUCCAACAUCACCCUGUAAAAUUCUUCCUAAUGUUUCACAUAUGAACGGAUUAAGCUUAUGUCAAUGUGCCUGUGCAGGAUUUCCACAAACAUUCAAUCAAAGUGUCUGUUUGUCCCAUGAUAUCACCCUCAUAAAGUGUUUAACAGGGCCUGUUAGGGAGAUUGUAACAAGGUUUGUUUGGGACUAAUGAGCGAGCCGUGUGAUGUAAUUUCUCGGGGUUCGUCUCAGGAGAGCGGCUCAGACAGAGAGCCACACCCGGAGCCAGGAUGAAAGACAGGCAGGAGGAAAUGAAAACAUGGACUGCAUAAAAGAACACCAAAAAGGGAUUUAACAAGUUUUUAGAUUUAAGGGAGAGGCUUUUACUGCAUUAAACAACAGGACUGAGGGAUGGCACACAGGGACAGAGUGGUAGGUGGAGUGCUGUGAGGGAUGGAUUGUAUGUUAUUUAGCCUGUCUUACUGGAGACACACCACCUGAGGUCAGUAUGAGACUUGUUAUCAGAGCGUCAGAAUGGCUAAUUGAAUACCACAGAGUAGAGGACCAUGAGGCGGAUAUUGUUUUGAAGUGGUAUGAGUUAAAAAAAAAAAAGAGCAGUGAUGAUGAAAUUAAAAAACUAAAUGCACAAGGUGUGAAGAAAAAAAAGGAAACCGCCAUGAUGGAGACGAUCGGAGGAGAUCAGAGGGCGAAAGUGCCGGGAUAGGAUUAUCAGCAGGGGUUAAAAAGGAACAAAGGAGGGAAGUAGGGAGCAGGGAAAGAAGGAUGAGCAAAGUUUACCACAGACAGCUGGUCAAAAUACUUAGGAGCUAACAUUUAUACAGACAAAAAGAAGAAUAACAUUAGUUGGAUGCAAAAUUUAUAACAUGUCAAAAAAAAGUUUGUGUUUUUUAUUCAACAGUAAAGGUUUGUUGUUUUUUGCCAUUAAAAUGAUAAUUUUACCCUGUUUUCUUGGUUUUAACACAGAGCGAGGUCAGUUUCAUUUUAGUGCCAUCAUGCUGACUAAUCUUCAGUUCUGCUGUCAAGUAUAUCAAGUAUUAUGCAGAUAAUUGAUCUUAUCCUGCCUAACCUUUUGUCAACAGCAAGCUUCACUCAUGAUAGAAAUAAUCUAAUCAAAUUGCUUUUACUGGUGUUACCCUGCAAAUUUUGCCUGACAGAAUCGAUGUAAAGCACUGUGUUAUCUGGUUUGUCUGAGAAUGAAUCUUCAACAGGAAACACAGAUAAUGUCAACAACACAGUUCAAAUACCACAGUUUUUAUAAAAAGUUUAGAGUUAGCCAUCCUGUUGUGUUUGUGCGAGGAGCAUCUCACUAAUACUGUACAUCUCUACUGCUUCUGACCAUUUGGUAAACUAACAUUCACUUUAUUCACCCUAGACUAAUAUAUAUAUUUCUCUGCUUUGUCACUUGAUCCAGCGUGAACAUGCUUGUCUUGACUCAAUGGUGCUGUUGCUGAUGAAGCUGGACCAGCUGGAUCAAGAAAUAGAGAAUGCUCUCAGUGCCACAUCCUCCAUGGACAGCACCCCCACCCUCCAUCGACAUCAGCUCCAGGUACACAACUACAUCUUAUUGCAAACUUUGGUGGCUUUGGCUGCCACUUUCAAGGCCAUAUUAAUUCCAUUUAAAGUGUGGCAAUUGUGAAAAACAAACAUAAAACUGCUCUAUUUCUCUUCUUUCAGCUGUCAUAAUCUUAUCUGCCCCCUAAUGGCCAUAUGAGGCGUAACAAUGCCUGCUUAUCAUUUUGCUUCUAAAACAACACUAUUGAUGUUUCUUGAAGUAAUAAAAGCCUUUUCAAUAUUGUGAUCUUGCCAUCCACAGGAACUUGAUGAAGGAUCUGUGCCAGCAGCCUCACAAAACCAUCUACAUCCAAACUCUCCUGCUGCCUCUACCUCAGGACCUACUCCAGCGCACGGGACAAAACCUAAGAGUGGAGUAAGUCAAGAGCUUGAUACCAUCAUAAUGUAGAGCGAAACUUAGUCAGAAGGUCAAAAAGAAACUGAGUAAGUUAGGUUUGUGCAUCACCAUUUUGAAACUCAUUUCUACAAUAUUUAAAGUUUUCCAGCUAGAAAGAUCUAGAAGUGGUAAAAGAAUUAUAAACUGUAAAUACUGCUCCUACGCCCUGGUUAUUUAAGGAUCUGGAAAUUACAUGAAGUUACAAUUGCUGCAGAUUUGAAAGCUUUCCUCACUCCUCCUUGUGUCAAUUCUUAUUUCAGAUCAUCUCAAUGUUUGUUGAUUGAAUGUAGAAAUUGUUUUUUUUUUUUUUCUUGGGACAGAUGCAAGGAAGUUUUGACAAAAAGGCAAACACAAAGGGCACACAUGCACACUCACUUACACACUUGAAGUGAAUCUCCCAAUUGUAGGAAUGUCCCCCAGCACUUAGGGUUUAGUCAGGCAGACGUUAAAGCUCUAUAAUUAGCUAGCUCCAAAGAUCUAGACCCCUUCUUCCAUACAAAGGGGUCAGACAGGGGGGGUCUGAGUGUGAAAAGCCAGGGCAUGGGCGAGCAAAGGGGGAGGGGGGGCACGUUUCAAGUGAGACGUGCGUCCUCAAACCCUCUUGCUUGCUCACUUAAUGACUUUGUCAGACUAGCUUUGCUCUGGCCAUCAGAAGGAGGUCAAAGUGAAAAAGGCUGGCGGUCAGCCGGCUGUGAAGACCCAUGCAAACUUGUAUAACUUCAACGUAUUUAGAAAAUUACUCAACCUGAUUUCAAGAAACCCCAAAAAUCACAUACAUGCAUACGUACAUGCAGCAAAACAGAUUAUAACCAUGAGAAGUUAGAUCAAAUCAGCAGUAUGUAGCAAUGACAUAUGCAUUCACAAUUCAAAUAAAUAUUCAUACUGAUUCUCUAACCUUCAAUGCUCACAAAAUAAUCUGUUUUUUUUUUCUUUCAAAUAAUGAAGCUAUGCAUAGUUUGAUUUUUAUUUAUUCACCAGUAAGUGCGUCCAAACAAAUAAAUGUGAACAGAGAAAUAUGUGCAUAGUAAGUUGUGGUGUUGAUUAACAAAAUUCUAUACAUAUAAUAAGGGUUACCGAAACAAAAAUGGGCAAUGAAGAAAAAAAAACAAACAGAAACAAAUAAAAACAAAUCAAGAGAGUAGAGAGGUAGAGGAGAAAGCCUAACAAAACAAAAUAAAAUAAAUAAAUAAAUAAAAAGAAUAAUUAAAAACAAAAAAUGCUAAUAAUAAUUAUCAAGAGACAAGAGCAGAAAGACAAAGAAAAGGGGUUUCAUGAUAAAUUAGUUGUGAUUAUUUUCCUUUGAGAUUCAAAUUUUUUUAUUAAUUUAUUUUUCCCUUCUCUUCUUCACAAAUAACCCUUUGUAUGUCAAUGCUGUUUACGCGGUGGCAUCAACUCACCGGCAGAGAUGGCGGCGAGAGUUGUGGAGUAUGCAUAGCUUGAUAACCCUCAAUGUGAAACUUUACGUCUAAGUCACUUAGGACACACAGCAACCAGCGUAAACAUCAGAAUCCUUGAUUAAAAAGGACGUCUUGAAUCCUGACCUAUCUCUUACAAUUUCCCAUAGAUAUUGCUUUGUCUUGUUGCACGUCACAUCUGAAAAGUUGUCAGAAGGUCGCUCGGCGUGAUGAUAAAUGAAGUGGGAAACAGAAACAGCACACACUAUGACGUGUUAUGUAUUAUGUCUAUGACCAACUGUUUCCACGACCCCCAUUCCUGCAGUAACCCAAGGUAACUCUCCAAGCUUGAGUAAACAGAGCUUUCACUGCGCCUAAUAGGAGGCUUUUUACAGUGGAGGCCCUGCUGAGUGAUUGAUUGAGACCAAAGAGAUGAUGACCUGGUGAAGGGGGAUUCUCACUGGUUAAUAGUAGCAGGGGGACUGAAGGGUCCUUUCAGACGCACAGAGUUGUGACGCCCGCUUAAUCUUUUUUAGGGAGACAAUACAAAUCCUUUAAAUGAUGUAAACACAGAGCAGAUGUGAGGACGAGCUGAGUCGAGGUUAAAGCUUUAGAUGGCGCAGUCAUGUUUACAAGACAACAUGUAUUGUACGAAUCAACACUUCCAUUUAAUAAUAGAUCACUCAAGCAUAAAAACACAAGUAAUGUACAAUUAUAACUCAUUUCUGAAUAGCAGGAAGAGUAUGUUAAGUGAUUAUUUUAUAGCAAGGCUGUUGCAGAGUGUUUCCCUUUCAAGUGAGUAUAACCUUUUAUUAUAACAGGAAAUAAUCACAUCCUUUCUUUUUGUAUUUACCAUAACACUAAUCUUAGCGGUCUUUAUAAAUUAUACAGUGGGUGAAUCACUUGCCAAACUGUGUUUGAUACACUUCAUCUGCUCCACAUGCCUUCAAGCCUCAAAAUGUUGAUUGAGUUUAAUCAGUACUUUUCCCUACAUGCUGUUGACAAAUCCUUCAGCAAAAUAAGAUUUUUUGGGAAGAUUUAAGAUUUUAUUUUAACAGGAUAUGUCUCCUUUUACCUAAUUCAGCCAUGCACACCCAAACAUUCAAAUUGUACACCUACAAAAAAGUAAGAAGAACCUUUUCAGAGUGAGACUCGUCACGUACUCUGAGCUUUUAUAACCUCUCGCAACAUGUUGCCCUCAACAAGUCUUGACAUCAAUCCAAUAAAGAAGGUAUUUGCUAGUUUACUCUGGAGAGCAAACAACAUAUAUCCUCUGAGCAAGUGAAGAGUGAGUGCAACCCACACUAAAGCAAAAGUCAACAUAGAAAUUGCAACCGCACACACAUCAGUGAUCUUUGCAAAAAGGGUCAAGCAUCUGAAAAAGGAGUAGUUCUUUAAAUGGGGGCAUGUUUACAGUAGAAGUUUUAUUUUUAAUAUAAAGCGUAAAGAUGGAUGUUUUUUACUAGGAAGGUCAGGGAAAGGUUAAAUAAAAAAUAAAAAACUUAAGGGAGGGAGGACUGACUGUAACUGGAUGUGAUCAUUGCUCUCAAGUAUUUCUACAAGUUAUUAAGACAGUCACCACAUCUAAUAGAUCACUGUUACUCUUUACUUUUGGAGUGCUCUCAUUACCCUGAUGGCACUCAUAGAGUUGGCGUGUUAUUGGGUAGUCUGUGUUGUUAAUUUUUGUUACAUAUUUAUUCUGUUUUUAGGCUCCUAUGAGUGAUUCAAAAUUCAAAAACAGUUUUAAUAAUAACUAGCUUAAGCUAAGUAGCACUAAACAAAACAGAGAUACAGAGUUAUUCAUGAAGUGUUUGAUUUUAUACACUGAGUAAUAAACGGCUAUUAGACAUCUUUUUUUAGACCUAAUGUCAACCGUCUAGAUUCUGUAUAUUUUUAGAUGAAAUUUAGAUGUUGCAUUUUAACCCAUUAUUCAAUAACUAUUUAUUUCAAAAAGCAACUGUGACGUGCAUAACUGAUCUUCAAGUACUGAAACAAAAUAAUUAUGAUAGCUGUUGAGCAAUAUACAGUGUAGUGUAGAUAUAGCCCAGAUUUAGACUUGGUCUAAAUUUAGACGUCUAAAAAACUUUCAUUUUUAGACCUGUGGUAGCCUAAUUUUAGACCAGUCAUCUAGGCUACAUUUAGACGUCUAUUAGACCUCUUAAAACCAAAAAAUGAUCAAUGGGCUUGUUUUGAAGUCUGUAAAUUCUUUCUGUCAUUUGAAGCCGCAGCAGUGAUUUCAUGUAGUUUGAACUGAAGUGCUGAUCUUUCAAGCCAAUGCAAGCUAAAAGUCAAAUGGUCCAGAUGACUUCGAGCCAUUGUCUUGGCAAUCAUUGUGGUUUUCAUGGGGAUACAGAAGGCGCUGUCCCUGUUUAUAGCAAUGGUCAGGAUAAAGAGAUAAGACUCUUGUUGUGAUAUACAGAAAAUUGAACCAACUCUUGCUGAGUGUAGUUCAGUGAACUCUGACUGACCCGCAGGAUAUCUGUGUGGGCAUUAUAAUGAACAUGCAGAAAGCGUAGAGAACGAUAUGUGCCUGACUCUUCCCGUAUCACGUGGUAGUGUUUGUGUGUGUGUGCGUGUGUGUCUGUGAUUUUGAUAUGCUUGUAGGGACUCUGUGGAUCAUGAAGUGUUUACCAUCAUACACUCACAUUCCUUUUGUUCUGCAGGAUCACACAAAGGCACCUGUUUGUGUCGUUCAUGUCCCCCAGACACCUCCUGGCAGUCAGCGUAUCGCUUCAGCACGUACUUGUGCUGUUCUGUCCUUUAUGUAACAGUGAUAAAUGUGAAGUGCUGGUAUGUGUCUGUGUCGACUGGUGGUGAGUUGACAUUUGCUCAGCAUGUUGUACGUUCAUUCAACCACAGCUGUGUAUGAGGCAGCGGGUUCAAGUCAAUGGCUUAGCUGCUUGCCAUUGUUAGCCUUCAGCAGGUGACUGUUAUUUUUGCGUCGAAUGUGGGGCUUAAAUAUAACGGAUGUUGUGCCACAGCAGGUGUUUUUUUCUCAUGGUGGAGCAGCUAUUCUUUGCCCCAGAGUGUUUUUGUUGGCAGGUUUCUAUUCCUUGCUUCGUGGAGCAGGUGUCUUGUAGUGUUGUUUAGUUUGCAUUGUUGUGUUGCAACAGGUGGCUUUUAUUUGCUUUAUAGACUGAUGUGCAUGUAAAUAUAUAUUAUAGAGAAGAUUUCUCAUACACAAGGCAACAUGAUCGGUUGUCAGAUCACUACUGCCAACUGUCUUCGUGUAUCGUCUCAUACUUAGACCACUUUUUAAAAGCCUUAUCAGUUUUACCAUUUAUUUGUUUCAGCAUUGACUUUAUCCUCAGAUAAUAACAAUACUUUUAUACUGUAUGUACAUAUAUAAAUACAAUAUAUAUUUAGAUGUAUAAUUAUGCAUGCUGUUAGAGACAUUUGUUAUGCGGCUCUAUUUUUAGCGUCUUUGCGAUUGCAGAGGAUGUGCCAAGCUGCAAAGGCGGGUGGAGGCUGCUGACCCCUGACCACCUUCCUCUGAAUGUUACAUUCGGAAACAACAUAUCAGUCACCCUCAGCGCGGAGCGUUCCCACAGGCAAAACAUACUACAGACCCCCCCAAAGACUCCCAGCUUCUGAGGGAGGCACAGAGCAUGACAAUCUGUUAAAUUUAGCACCUGAGGGUUUUACGUGUCAUGCAUACAGCGACAGGUAACACACCGCUCUAUACAGUCCCUCAUCCUCUCCGUCUUUGGUAAACAUAACUUUACAUAAAAGGGCAACCUUUGACCCUGUGUUUGGAUCUGUAUUUGGUCUCCAUGGCAACAGUAUUCCCAGCUUGUGUUCAGUGGUAUUCUUUCUUUCUCUGAGCUUUUUCUACAUUGGGGUCUCUGAUAUUUAUAAGCUCUUCUUUGAGGGAGAUGAGGGAUUUGGAGAUAUUUCAGUUCUUUUAAAUGAUGGAAAUUUUUCAGCCCCUGUCAGUGAGUUAUAUAUGUACAUGUGUCGUUAUCUGUAUGUAGUGUGCUGGACAAUGGAAGUGCAGUGGUUUGCGUGCUAAGGUCACUUGCAGAUCUCUGCUCUGUCCUUCCUCUGUGUUCCAGUUUGGCAGCCUCACAGUCCCCAAACAUCCUCUAUCCAAACCACACCUCCUGAAUAUUUCCCUCAUACUAUUUUUUCUUCAAUUCUUUUAUCUCUUGCUCCUCCAUUCCCAUCAUUUUUCUACAGUCAACACCAAAUGCAGCAGGCAUAAUCAUAUUUUUUGCCUUCGUUCCGGCAGCAUAUUUGUUUUAGUGAACCAUACUGAGUCAGCUAACUAUGAAACUAACUUCCAUUGAAGCUGACAAGACGGUGCUAACAGCGGUUCUAGUCACUGCUUCGCUGACUGCUUUGUGCGGUGUUGUUGUCCCAAAGGUCAGUCCUCUCUGGUGAGCACAGCUGUAACAUGGAGACAAACAUGGACCUGCUGUGGUUUAUAAAAAAGGAAGAGUACAAGAUAAAAGAAAAGACCUGUGUUUGGAGCAGGAUGUGGAAAAUGAACUUCUCCUCAACCCCCCCACAAGGAAAUCUUGUUUUUCCUGUCAAUUCAAGGCUAGAGCUGUUGCAUAAAGCACUCCAAGAACAGAAGCGGGGCACAUGGUAAAAUAUAUUUUUCUUCUUUUUGGCUUUGCAGAGUAUUAAAGGACGAAGCCAAAAUGAAGUUUAGAGAAACAAUGUGUAUAUAUCAGACUAAAUCUGUUUGCACACACGUAUAUUUAUUUAUCAAAGUAGAUCCAAGCUGUGAUAUUUUCAAUUGUUUCCCAAAAUAAGACUUGUAUUGAUGCCUCUCUGUUGAAAUCGAACAUCAUGUCAAACUUCGAUGUUUACACUAAAGUCUAAAAUGGCAACUCUGUCUCUGUUUGUUUUUAUGACAACAUACCGCAGCAUGACGCCUGAACCAGAGCAGCCUUAUCUCAAGUAUUGUUUUGUUUUUUCUUUUUGGAAAGCUAAAAUGAUUCCUAGUUCUUCUGGCAUGAAAUCAACCAUCCACUGAGCCUGUUCGUUGCUAACAAAUCGUCGUUAGUUUUUAAAGCACGCACUGAGUCAGUGAAGUAGAGCGUUCGUCAUUAUGUAAAGCAGACAGUAAAAAAGCGCCGGGGAAUACUUUCAGGAUGAUGGUACUUGUUGACAGUAAAUCUUGAGGAUGACUGGAAAAUGCAGGCAUCUGGAAACACCCCUGCAGCCCGCUGAUAAUGAAGCGCCAUAAAUCAUGGAACGAACAAACAAACUGGAUGCACUCUUGGAAACGCGCACACAACAAACACUGAUAAAUGCAGAAACAUCACGCAGGAAUUCAUUGGAUAACCGAGUACAAUUCAGGCCAAAGUUACUCAAGGAUAGGAUCUUAAUUUUGACACUCUGCUUGAGCUUGUGGUUUUAUUUGCAUUUUUAAUCAUGUUUGCCUCAAGUCAUGUUCCCAGAGCCAAUAUGAAUUAAAUUGUCUCUCUUGAUCAAUCGUUUUUUCACUCAGAUCAUAAAAGCUGUUGAUUUGGCAGAUGAGACUUUUUAGAGACCUGAGUUCCAGCUGAAUGUAUUACACUCCUAAUAAGACUGUGUAUUCGUUGGUAAAAGUUACAAAACUAUGACACAGCAAAUGUCUCGCCCCCGUGUCCUUGUGGUAAGUCAGUAAGCCAUGUGUCUGCCACACUCUGGGGCCACCACGCUUUUCUGCAGAGGACGGUCUAAUCCCUCUGUGUUGUUAACCCACUCUCCCAAAAAUGUCAGCAGCUGAUCCUCAGGCGAGCAUUGUUGGUGCAGUCGGGAUUGUAAGGCUUAUCCACAUCAACUCUGGUCCAUAAGACACCAAGUCGACCUGCUGGUGAGUGGGAACAGGUGACACAUUUUCCCUCUCCGUGUGUAGUGUAACAGCACAGGGGCGGAAUUAAGUGUCAAUUGUACCAACUGUGUCACCGUUAUUUCAGCAUUUUUCUCAGCCCACAUUCAAAAAACACUUGCAAGCAACUUUGAUGUGCAUGAUGGCGAUGAAUCUAGCUUGUACUCUAAAGGUCCUUACACAACAGCGAAUUUGUAGAGCGAAGCGAAAAAGCGAGACGAAAAUGUGAAAAUAUUCGCCGGUCCGAAAAAUCGCUUUCGCUUAUACACAUUGGGCGACCACUCUGUGGUACACACUCUCUCCCAUCGUUGCUCUUGGUGCCAGUGGUGGUGUGUGUCGUGUGAACUACAGCCGCAUGGGUCUGUGACGUCAUCAACAACAUGACUUUUGAUUGGCCAGAGGUCUAGCAGGUCCAGAUAUUCGCCUGCGAAUCUCCGAAAAAUUCGACACAAGAGUGAAAAAAUAAAAGACGCUUUUCGCCCCGCGGAAAAAUCGCCGCCGGUGUGGAGGCUUGCAUUGACUUUAUGCUGUUUUAAAAAAAAGGCGAAUAAAGGUGAAUAAUUCGCCUGGCGAAUUCACGCCUGGUGUGUAAGGACCUUUAGGGUGACCAUACAUUCUCUUUUACCUGGACAUGUCCUCUUUUUAUGGGGGCUGUCCGGGUUUGUCCAGGGAAGUUUAUAAAAUCCUUCAAAUGUUUGCGGUUUUGUACGUGAUUUUGUGUCACGUGGACUUACUGAGUUAGAAGCACGUAAAAGACUCUCGAUCUGACCCAAAAAACUCAAAAUUAACUUUGUGCGAACAUGGUCACCUUGGUACUCUAGAAUAACCUUUUAUCGUUUUGGUGCCUUCUUUAAUGUUUAUUGUUGUAUAGUUUUAACCAAGAAGCAACCUAAGCGUUCGAAAAUAAACACUGUUCAAUGGGGAAAAACGCAGGUCUGCAAGUUUACCCAUCUCCUCUUCUUUGUCUUUUGGGAGGAAGAGUCUUUCAGUCAGACAGGUCAAGAGUUACGCUCUCGUCUGCUGAUGGAUUCUCAGGGCCAGUCAACAGUUCACAGUUUAUGCUCCAGGGGCCGAGCACUAAAUCCCAGCAGACACCGCCUGAAACAAGAAGCCUGUUGCUUUGGCUUACUCUUGUAAACAACGGCAAAAUGUGUGUAUGUCUGUCUCUGUGUGUCCUUCUUUUCUCACUCUCUUUCCAUCAACAUCAGCCUGUACACAACAUAUCUCAUGACUCCUGCUUGAGUGAGAGACUUGUGUGUAGGUGUGUGGGAGAGAGCGCUGUGGGUUUGGUAAAAUCAUUAACCUCCUCCUACCACGAGUGGAGACUGAGAGUGAAUCCAUUCAUGCUAUAGAGUUCAGCUCGGCCUUAAAACUUCAAUACAUGUUAUCGACAUGUCUCCAAGUGCCACAAAAUCUCCUGAGGACGUUUUUUUCUGUUCAUUACGACUGUUGAAUCUGACAUCUGGCAGCUAAUAUGCGUCUUCUGUAGGGAAAUGUUCCAAUGCAUCAUUACACCAAGUCAUCACAUCACUUCCUGUUGACACACUUCAAGUGUGACAUAUGGAAACUGUUAAAAAGUGGAAAGGAGAUGUCGGGGUGGGGUGGAGGGGGUUGAAGUUUUCCUUAAGGAAAAGGCGAGAAUGAAAUUGUUUCCCACGUUUCCUUGCACACGUGCGUUCAGGGGUCGAUGGAGCACGGAGGAUAAAUUCUUGUAUAAGUGCGGGGCAGAAAGAGCACGUUCAUGCCAGUCAAAAAACAGAAAUGAGCUCCAGAUAACAUCUCCAAAGGCCAUGGAAAGGUGUGUGUGUGUGCGCACUCUUUUCAACACACACACACACACGCUCUCUCUCUCUUCCUCGUUUCAGUCACAGUUACCCUAUAUGUCUGGUGCUGGAGCCGCCAGCUUACCUGACCAUAAGCCAUCUGCACCAAUUUAGCCAUUUGCGUUAAGUGGUGGAGAAAAAGGUUUGGGUUAGCUUGAGCCCCCUAAUCCUUGGCCAGCACAGACCAUGGGUGGUCACACACACACACACACUCACAUGCACACGCACACAAUCGUAGUGCAGCUGCGAGGGGGUGGGGGGGUUGAGAGAGGCACGGUGGACUGCACAGAUUUGUUGUGCAAGAGCUGCAUGCCGAACGCUUGCUUCACAUCUGUGACUAAGUAGAGUUUAGAUGCAGCUGGACAAAAUUGGGCUGAUUAGUGAAGAAAAUAAAGUUUGUCCUGAGGGCGAGAUGUUCUUUGGUGACAAACAAAACACAAGAGCAGCAUUUUGUAUGCAAAUGUGUUGAGUAUCAAAAGCUGACAGUUGCUGUUUGGAUUUUUCUUCUCUAGCAAAUUCUUUGAUUAGAUAAUCCUUGAUAUAACAAUUCAUCACUAGUGAAUGAGUCACAACCAACUCCUGCUGUGCUGUCAUUAUUUCUCCACAUCGUCAGGACUUUAUUGAAAAUUUUACUGGUUAUCCUAAAUAGUCAAAGCUGCAAGAUAUGUUGUGCUUUGACCGUACAAAGUAUGUUUAAAAGUAACUCUAAUGGAACUUUAUUGCAAAAGGGCAACAUUGAGUUUGAAUUGAGUGUCGUUCAAUUUCAGUAUCAUUUUUGAUUGCAUCUUAGAUUUCAUUUUGUGUGUGUCUGAAAGCUAAUUAAAAAAAACUUUUAUGUUGGACUGGAAAUGCAGAUUUUAAGUAUCAGAUGAUAGAAAAUAAAGCUGAAAAAGGACAAAUGAGAUGAGACCUCCUGGUGUUGUUUUUCGUCAAAGCUUUUGUUGGAGAGGGUUUCACAGAAAAAACAUAGUCCAUCAAACCUUUCCUUGUGGUUACUUUAUAUGUGUUAUUUGUACUAGAAAAGUGUAUUAAAAUGUAAAUGCAUUGCCCUGCUUCGACCUUUCAACCUUAUCACAUCAUCAAGCAUUGAGUUUUCCCUCCGAAAAAAUCCACUUGGUCUUCCAAGAUCGUUGAAUCAAAUUAAACCUUCCUGCUGGCAGGAGUCGAAUCAUUCUUGGAGUGUUUUUAUUUGUUUUAAGACCCACUUUAAAUCCGCGUCUCGCUGCAGUAAUGAGAAUAACGACCCUACAGUGGUUAAUUAUGCAGGCACACAUGCUUGGCAGGCCACUCGGCACACACACAUGUGUGUAAAGCAAACACAUACCUUACCCCCCCUGUGCCCCCACACAGCCCUCUUCCAGUAAAUUAGUGGCAGUAAAUGAGGCAGCUGACGCUUGUGUGCUGUGCAGCCCUACAGCUCCCAGCGGACACCUGACACGGCCUUCACAACCUCACACUGAGACAACCUGCACUGUGGCAUGCCACGGGGAACGCAGGAAAACACGGGGAAGUAUGUGAGCAUGGUGCUGUGAAAACACUGGUACUCACUGGUACCCAUUCAUUCACAUUCCUGUUGGACUCUGAACUCACAUUUAUUCCGCUGGUAUUGCUAUUAUGAGGGAAAACAGAGCAUUGUGUGGAGGUGAGAUUUACACUGUGUGUAAGUGACUUCAUGGGUCAUUGACAGGAACUCGUGGUGUGCUGUUUACACAAUAGGAAGGGCGCACACUGGUCAACUGAAAUGUCUUGUUAGUGUUAAGCAGAGAAGUUACCCAGACCUCCCAUACUUUCUCCAUUAGUCAAGGCUGCACUCUCUGAGAGUUGAAGCAAAUUGUUAAGAUGCAGGAUGUUUUUAAAAAAUAUUGAUUUAUAUACCCAGACAACCUGGAUUACGUUAAUUGCUGACAGUAAAAAAUUACAGAGCAGUGCCGCAGCUUGUUCUUGACAUAUAUAUAAACUCAUUUGAAUUAAAUAUUAUGAACUUAAAGGGGAAUUUUGCGUAAAAUUAAUUUAGGGUCAAACAUACCGUAACACUGAGUUAGAUACCCCCUUGUGAGAUGACUGUUGCCACAACUUUAGUAACGACCGUACGAUAGCAAUACACAACGGUCUGAGGAGCCACAAACAAACCUCAACCAAAACACCACUCUAUAGCCACAAAUAAUGCAAAAUAAAUAAAGCUCAAGGAAGAACAUUUAUGAUAAAUCAUUACUUUAUCAUUUUCUUGGAGUAAUAACCACCACAUAUUAAUCGUUUUGCACUGCUGAAAUGAUCAUAAAUGUUCUUCCUUGAGCUGUGUCACCCCGCUGCAGUCCGUGAUGGACUAGCCUGAGGUCUCAAUACAAACAAGCGGCUGCUGGAAGAGAGUGGGUGAGUUGUGUUUAGUCUCUUUGCUAAAGAAAUCAGGCAAAGUUAAAAAGAUGUUUGGUGUCUAGUACUGUGGCUGGGACCCUAUAUGUACUGUUGAUGAAGUUAGGUGCUGUUCUGAGCAUUAUUUGUGGCUAUAGAGUGGCGUUUUGGUUGAGUUUUGCUUAUGGCUCCUCAGACCGCUGUGUAUUGCUAUUAUUGUUGUUACUUAAGUUAGUAUAACUAGAGAAGCAAUCGGUCGGCAACAUUCAUCUCUUGAGGGAGUGUCUAACUUGGUGUUAUGGUGUGUUUGAUCCUAAAUUAAUUUUACGCCAGAAUAUCCCUUUAAACUGGAGUUAAACCUGAUAAUUCAAAGUAACCCUAAUUUCAGAAAUCAACAACAACUAAUAAAAACAGAAAGUUGAGAAAUUUGCUGCAUCUAACAGUUAGCCUGCUGAAAUAGUUUAUAGUUUAUAUAGUAUAUAGUUUCGUAUCCAGCCAAUAAAAAGGUAGUCGGUGCUGUCUGGACUCCUUUUCACACUGUCUGCACUGUUCUGCACACAAGGGAAUGCUACAUUGACCCUGUGACGGCUGGGAAAGCAGAGCUAAUAUUUCUGGAGUCCAACAGCUGAACAGCUCUGAAUAUAAAUCCAUCUCUGAUUUCACCUCUUUGUUGUUAUACUGUUUGUACCCGUGAUUUAGUGUCAGAGCAGUGUGUGGGAGACUUCGGCUGCGGCUGCUCCCUUGUGUCUUUUUUAGGUCAUUAAUUUGCAAUGAAUUGUAAAGCUAUUGGCCCCCGGGGGGAAUUUUAUCCACUUAGUGUCUGAAAUGUGACCAGUGAUGUGAUUUAAUGCUGUUUUUGCCCACACAUUUUGCACAAGUCCAAGUUCACCCAUUUAUAAAGACAUAACACGCACCUUUACCAAGAGUUAUUCACUUUUUGGCUUUAAAAUCAAGUGUUUUUUUUUUUUUUAAAGGACAACUCACCAUUGGGACACCAAACAAUCGGAGUGAAACAACAAGACCAAGACGACAUUUGAUCCCUCGUUAAUCAGCUAACAUGUCCGCAAAACCAACUCAUGUAUGAGAGCAGAUAUUGUUCCGACUCCAAGCAGACUGUGCCACGCAUGAGCUGCUUUAACAUGAGAAAGAGUGCCUGUGAUAUUUGAGAGGCUGGGUAAUAAUAUCUUUAUAUAGAAACAUGAUCAAAACUUGAAUAUUUACAAGUUAAAUACAAUUUGGUGGAAAUAAAGAUGUGUUUUUCACCACAGAGUGCAUCAAAAAUAUUUAUUUUUAGAGCUGAAACACUUAGUGAUCAUGCGUGAAACUUUGUUUGCGGUCAUUGUGGACUGGUUCAAGACAUUCAAAAGCAACAUCCUGAAAGAAUCUAUAUGAAGGUUAAUAGGUAGUGUAUUGACAAACUAAGUCAUUAUACUGCUUACAGGGGUAUCAGCAUGUCUUCAGCACAGAAAAAUAUUCAGAUUAUGUAUGACAAAGCAAAUUUUUAGGACGGUUUAUUCGAAGAGAAGCAGGUUGGCAAGAUGUCAACCAAAGAGGAUAAGGAGGAGGUAAGGAAGAGGAUAAAGUAAAAGCGAAGGAUAAGAUCUAAGAAGAAAGAGUGAAAUGUUUCACAGAAAUCGUGUUCUCUCUCAUCUUUAAACCAGUGAAUGACUUUUUAUAUUUUGCGUAUUUAAUCCUGCAAAUCAAAAUCUGUUUUUUUUUUGUCGAUUUUGUUAUGACUUACCCCUUUCAUUACACGUUAUACUCGCAUACUUAGAAUUUGGUUUUUGGAAACAGACGUUUGAUCUUACUUGUUUCACUCGGUUUGACAUCAAGAUUUGACGUCAGUGUAACAUUUUGAUCAUGUCACAUGUGCCAAUCACCAUUUUAUUUUUCCCCAGCAUGGAAAAAGUCUGACAAACAGUUCCCCAGUACUGGUAGAUAUGGGUUUUAUAAUAAUUCAUGCACAUUGGAGAUGCUUAUCAGGAGAUUUUGUGCUAAAGCCAAGGGGCUUCAAGUCAGAGCUAAAUAUAAAGCAAAUAUGCGAGGGUGGCUUUAAUCUUUUCAUCUCAGUGUUGGCAGCGUGUGUGAAUUUCCCCAAAUGUUGAACUACUCCUUAAAUAUGAUAAUUGGCUGGGUUUUGGCUGGGCUGAAUUUGCUGUGUAAGUAGGUGCCAAACAGUAAACAGGCUUUAGAGCAGUCACAGCAGGACGCGGCUAAAGCACUUUAAUUAGGCCUGAGUAGAGAAAAUACACACAGAGGAGGAAGUGUUUCAAAACUCAUAUAAAAUACAAUAAAAUACCUUAAAAGAAAGUGGCUACUCACUAGAUUCUGCAUAGUAAAGUUAAUGUGGGCAGAAAAUUGUACUCAGAGUGCAUGUGGUCCAGCCAUUCCUAUCUGAUCUCUUCCAGGGGAGUGUGGAUUAAAACGGGUCAGGGUGUGGAGGUCAGCCAAGAAACCUUAUAGGUCAAAAGUCAGUCGCAAAAAAAGACCUCUGCAUUCCAGCCAACUGCUGCCCACCACAUACACACAAUGGCAAAACACACACUCACACAACCACGCGCUUAACCGUUGAAAUGACACAUACCAUCCUAUUUUUAUUGCAGUAGUAUUUUCUUUUGAAAACCACAACAAAGCCAAAGAAGGAAAUAUUAAGCUGCUUGAAUGGUGAGAAUUUGCUAUGGCAACAAUAAUGUGAUUUUAUCAGUAAAGUCUAGAUGACGUUUGGAUCAACGCCGAAUCAGAGGAGAAUGUGCUGCCCGCUCAGACUUCUCAUGUGAUAUUAGAUCAUCAACCCCUCGUGGGUCUUUUUAAUCUAUUUUAACCGUCAAUCAGGACAUUGACACAUCUACAAACUAUGUGCUUGUUACAGAAUCUGUCUAUGUGUGUUCAUCAUGUGUUUCUACUUUUGGAUUUUCUUAUCGGUGUGUGUGGCGGCAGAUUACCUUGGAUUUCUUUUUUUUUUGUAAUUUCCUCAGAUUGUUAUCCAAGUCCUUUGAAGGAGUGUUUGAAAUGUUGAUAAUAGUGCAGGUCUUUGUUUCAAGAAUUAUUGUAGACACACACACACACACACACGGGCCAACUGACUCAAACAAUGUUUUUGUCCUGUUCUGUGGUCUUUUGAGUACCAAAGAUCGUGGUUUUCAAGGACAGAAAUGGGGAGCAAGGACAUACAAUAAGAAAAAUAUAUGUAUAUGUAUACUUAAAACUGGGUUGUUUAAGUAUAAACAUUACAUAAACUCAUAAACUCUGAGCAACAAUCGUGAUCAAACAGUGCAAGCAUGAGUAAAUCCUUUCAAAGUGGCUUACAAGUAUUACUUUGUAAAAUAUUGUUCAAGGACUAACACCAAACUAAAAAAGAGUGUCUCAAUGCUCCUGUGAGGAACUCUUGGUUUGUGUCAGCUUUGGUGCCCCUUGUGGACAGUAUAGUCUUUGCUUCUAUUGUCUUUUAAAAGGUUUAGUAGCGUUUGAUGACAGAAAAUCUCACCCUGAUGACUUUUGACUAUUAAGUAUAUCAUGAUUGUGGAGUUUGUCAAAAGCAGGGCAUUGUCUUCAGUCAGUUGAUUGGUACAUUUUCAAUAUCACUCAUCACUUACAUGGGAUUUUGUAAGGUGACCAUACGUCCUCUUUUUCCCGGACAUGUCCUCUUUUUGGGGAGCUGUCCAAGCACAUAGUUCGUCAUGUUCAGUGAAUGUGUGUGGACUCUUAGGAUGGAUUAUGAUUAAUUUUUGUCGAAUGGGUGACACACUCAGAACUGUAAUUUUAAGCAUUGCCAAAGCAACAAUUAAGCCAUUAUUUUAGACUAUAUGUAAGGCACACUCCUUCUUAGUUGUAUUAUUUACGAAUCCCUAUUUAUUUUGUUAUUAUUUGUCAUAGAAAACACAUCAGUUAACUCUGCACAGAAGAUAAAGAGAUACUUGAUCCAUGUCAGUGCAUCCAAAGUAUGAUAACUCUUGUUUUUUCUCUUCUUGUUCACAGAGCACAUCUACCGUUCCUGAAAACACCAGAGCUGGUAAGUCUGUGCUGUUUUUCUUUAAAUCCGCAUUUAUUAAUUUUCAAUUCAGCAGACCUUGACGAAAAACAAAAACAGCAUCGGGUUGCAUUUCUUUUCCAUCAUGUUGUCAAGUGUGUGUUAGAAAAACAGCGCGUGUCUGCAGUUGAUCUGGUCUGUGUCUGCUUUGCUGUCAUGUGAAGAGAUUUUGAGGUGCAGUUUCUGAUUGAUGGCCUUGUCUGGUGUUCACAACAUGGGGGCAAAGGAGAACGGAGGAAGGGAGGAUGGGUUUGAGAGGAGGGGGACAGAAUCUGCUGCUAUAUGAGACACUGGAUGUGAGAGGAGAUAAGAUCCUAGACUCAUCUACCGAGCCAUCAAACUCUGUCGCCAUUCUCAGAUAACUACCAGACUGAGCGUCGGGUCUGGUGCCAAAACUAUUUCGCUUACCAACUGUUUUUAUUUCUCAGUAGGAAUGAAAAGGUGCAAAAUAUGUGAAUAAAUCCAAAAAGACCCCCUGUAUUCAUGUAUUGUAUGUUUAACAGCCUUCACAGUAUUGAGCUGUUGUGUCAUUACUUAGCGAUGCUUUCUGUCGUACACUUGAUUAAGAAUCGAUCCAAAGAAGAAACCCAAUCUGUAGUGACUUCCCCCUCCUCUCUGGCUCCGACCUCUCCGUCAGCAGUCUGCCGGUAAUGCACGGGGUCAUCAGGAAACCACGAAUUGACAGACCCACUUUCAGACAGCCGGCAGGGGUGCAGUGUUCAUUAAACACCCCCCUGUGUCGUCAGCCUGCUAGUAAACAAUACCAGAGAGGUGGUUGGACGUAGGGACGAGGCUUUCAUAUUGCCCCCUGCUGUCUCCGAGCCCACUGGGAGUCCUCGCUCACUCUCGCUCCGUCUCUCCCUCUAAUUACCGCCACUUGCUGAAAACCUUUCAUGGGAAAUGUUCACUAAGUUGUCACUACGUUUGUUCUCGUGAGUAUGAGCGUUUAUGAGAGCUACCUUUUGGUUGCACUACAAACAUGUUUUACAAGGAGGCCGAAGCUUGCAAAUAGAGCCCACUGCCAGCUUCAAAGAGGUCGGACAUUCCUGGUCGUUUCUCUUAAUUUAAAUCAUCCAACUUCCUGUGGGUGAGUUAUGUAACCUCCAUAUCUGGGUCUGUGUGAUGGAACCCAGGACUCUCAACAAGGGGAGUUGGGGGGGUAUGAUGGGAGUUGGCAGAGUUUUUGGAGGACUUGAUGGAGAACAAAGCUCAGUGUUCAUUGUGACACUUCAAAGCCCCCUCUUGAUCUGCACCGUCGAAGCCCCUGGGAAUGACACAUUUGUGACAGUGUUACAUCACAUGCCAUGCCCUAAAGGCUCCUGCUGAACGGCCAUGACAGACAGCUCAUUCAUGGUUAAUUUUACUAUCUCUGUGACAACGGAAGCACACCAGUGAUCAACAAGAAGCUUCCACAGGACACGCUCUAUAAAGGCACGGUUGAUGAGCUCCCCGCUGAGCUGAGUGUACCUUACUGAGUGGUCAGAGUCAUGGCUUCCCCCCCGCGUACAAAGAAGAUGUGUCUAAAUUCAGCCAUUAUGGCCGACAGCCUGUUGUUUGUGAGCGCUCUUUAUGAGGCCUCUGUGAUGCUGCCAAGCUUCUCCUGAGCUUAACAUAAAUCUGCAAAGGGCUGGUGCACUAGAAUGGCUCAUGUCGUACUACAUACCAUCAGGGGACGAUAAGGAUGGUCCAUGACCGUCCUUAUCUUAAGGUAUGCAUGCUGCUGGAAAUGGUGCAUGUGAUGAGAUGUUAUGAUAUUUAUACUGCGAUUUUGGAUCUAACUCAAGAGGCACCAAACGGGGUGGAAAGGUAGUCUAAAAGCAAUCUUUGUUUUGUCUUUUAUAACAAUUUUAAUACAUAAAGCAGUUUAUUAUAUGUGUAAAGAAGGGAAACUAAAACUCGUCCUUACUGAGAAAUGUCCUUAAUGAGCGUCCAUGUUACUAUGUCAAUAAAUGACGAAUAUUUGAAUCACUUCUUUUGAUUGACAUAUUGAGGCUUUGGUUGCUUGAAGCAUGCUUGUCCAUAAUGAGUCAGCAGAUUGACCUUGUAGAAGUCAGUUGAGUCAAGUAACAAUAGAAGUGCAUGAUGUUACUCAAAGCGGCUUAUUGAAAAUCUGUGAGCUUUAUCUGGAAUAUGAGAGUUCACCAGAUAACUUAUAAAAUACCUUUGGCAACAUUUCUGCAGAUUGAUUGUAAUAUUGUGUGUAAACAUGCAGUUAUUUGCAUCAUUUUUGCUCUUAAAGAUGAAGUAUAAUUAUUGUAGGGUUUGAAGUAUAUGACUCAGCUGAAUAAUGAAGUGUGUUAGUUCUGUAAAUGCAGAUUUCUCUGUGUAAAGUACAUUUUUUUAUACCAAAAAUAAACUCUUAAGUAAUGACUGCUUAUCUUCAGACGCAGUUGUUUGGCUCUGUAAUCUCACAUCCUGGUAUCAAGAAAGCCUAAGAGUUAAGUUUAAGAAAACGGAAACCUUUAGAGUCCAAAAGAAAACUUCAAACUUUGACUUUUUUCCAUUCACUUAUUUUAAAUCUUUUAGCUUUGACUAAAUGGUCACCUCUGCAGCCCCAAACAAUAAGGGCAUUGUUUUUUCUCUCCGACUGAACAGGUGAAGGAUUGAGGAGGUUGAUUGUUGGGGGUAAAGGGGGCUUUGAGACUGGAUGAAUGGGUCGAAACAGCAGCCUCUGUGAAGUGCUCGACUGUGUCACGCUCUUGUAACCUCGAAACUUUUCUUUUAGUGCUUAUAUCAUCUGGAAAUAAAGUCAGUAACAUUUCCUUGAUAUCCAUGUUGUAAUUGUUGUUGCCUAUGGCAUUUAUAGCGGUAAAACUUUUCAGAUGAGGUGCAAAGGUAGUAUCUUUUCUUCUUUUACAUGAAAUGAGAUGUCUAAUGACUGCCGACUACAAAACUAGAUAUUUAGUUUUGUCUUAUUUCCUGACUGUCCUUAUUGACUGAUUUUAAACAUGGCUACAGCUUGAAAACUUAUCUUGACUGCACACGACUCUGCUUUUGCACAAGUGACUGACAUGAACGCCUUAACCUUAAAUGUGAAUGUUGACGACUGAACAUGUAACACGGUCACUUCCUCGUUCUUUCUCAGUGUCAUUGUCAGAACUUGUCAACACCGCAAAGAUCCCUGGUCCUGAAUGGUCUAUUUUUUCCUUGAUUGUUGCUCAGGUUAAAGGCACCAUGCUGUACCUUCCUGAUCUAAAUAUAAACCAGUGGAAAUUUAUAAACAGAACACAAUGAUGGGCAUGCAACCAACAGCAGGGUUAAAGCCUGACCCUUUACCUGCUGGACUCACGGCCUCACAGUCUACACCCAGAGCUGUCGGUGGAGGAGGGGAGAACUGAGGAAAGAGGAAGUGUUUUAGCACCCUCAGUGGUGUCCUGUAUGGGAGGGGCACUUGGACUCCAGGGCCAGAGUGGUUCCUGUGAUUUACUUGUCUCAUCACUUCUGUCUGUCUGGCUCUCUUGAUGUUUUCCUCUCUCUCUCUGUUGUCUCUCAUUUCCCUUACACUCGCCAUUCUUUCCUUCUUGGAACUCAAGUGACGAAUCCAUGUUACUGGUAUUUGGAGCUAAAUUUAAAGCCCGCUGUGUUUACAAUGCUCCGUUAUGUAAACCUAUGCCUGACCUGAGUGUUGUCCCCGUCGAGGAUCCCAGUAUUCAUCAUUUAUUUAUCAGUAGUGCAUCUGGUUUACAUUUGUUUAUCUGAAAAAAACACACCACAGUUGAACUAAGAGGAUUUCCCCAUAUGAAGUAACACUCACUGUUUUGUGCUUCAUAAGUAGAUAUUAAACUCUUACACAUUAAAAGUUGGAAAAAGGCUAAAUCUGUUGUAUAUUUGAUAAUUAAUAUAUAUAUAUAUAUAUAUAUAUAUAUAUAUAUAUAUAUAUAUAUAUAUAUAUAUAUAUAUAUAUAUAUAUUAUUUAAUAUAAUGUAACGUAAUGUUUCCCACAGAGCUCGGUUAAUGCAUAAUUUCAUACAAUUUUUGCUUUUAUAUGGUUAUCUGUCUCACAGGUUAUGGGGUCUGUUCACUCAAGACGCUUAAUUCUUCCAUUCUCACAAAGCAACAUGACAAAAGUUAGUGUAUUGUGAAAGAAAAUCCUCGAAACAUAGUUGGAUAUUCUUUAUAUUAUGAAUUAUUUGGGAUUACUUGAACGUGUUUAGAAAUCUAUAGUCCUUCCUGUUAGCUAUGGAAUCCACAAAUCAUUAGCUUGGAAAGCCGUAGCAUGCCUGAGCACAUUUUACCCCCAAAGUCCAGUUUGUUUAACUCGUGUGAGUGCUCUGUACUGUCCCAGACAAUGAUUUUUCUUUACCAACACAUCACGUCAUAUUGACAAAGGCACAGAGAGAGAGAGAGAGAGAGAUAACAGUAGCAGUAACAGAGAAGGACAGUAAAAAGGUGACUCUUGUACUGGCAGACAGAGAGGAAUUCAGGAUUGAAAAGAGCAUCAAAUAUGUGAGUGAAUCAGUAAGGAAAGCAGCAUUAUGGUCCCCUAAUGUUAACCAGGAUGAAGUUACUAGGAGUUAACGCCACACUGACUCACAGGGGGAACUCUGCUGUUUUUGCUGGUUUUAAAUAUAUCACACAAACUUUGAAACAUGGGUUUCUCUAAUACUUUCAACAUUUUUCAAGAAGAACUUUAUUGACUAAUUAACCUAAAAUGAAAAUGUAAUAGCUAUUCAUUAUGUUACCAGUCAGGUUAGCUUUGUCACAUUCAGCUAUUUCACUGAAUAAAAAAAAGGCAAGGAUUCCUAAAAGGUCAGACGUUUCUCUAAAAAAAACAAACUGAAAUCUGGUUUGUGUGUAUCUGACUUGAUUACUUGGGGUAAACAAUAAACAUGUCCUUCCAGCACAGAUGGCGCCUGAGAAUCCCUGAUUAUCCUCCGAUCUUGUGAUUGAGUUUUAUGCCUCGAACACAACACAUGUCCUCAGAAAGAGCACAUUUUCACACAAAUUCACCCUCAUUUCAUUGAUAAAGUGGUAAAUUAGUUAGCAUUCACACCAAAUGACGUGCUCCUCUCAUUUAUGACUCGUGCUACUGUCUCCAUGUUUACACCCUGCAGCUACAUGCCCUUUGAGGACAUUGCUCUCAACUGAGAAGGUGCUUUGACAGACGUAAUGAAGCGCCCUCAGCCUGAAGCCAAGUGAAUAAUAGCUCAUGACUGAUGGAUGUUUCUGUUUCUUGUUCCUGCUCUUUUAUUGAGUCUGCCUUAUCCUACUUUUUUUUUUUUUUGCCCUCCAUACACAGUACAGGAGUUGCUGUGUGUGUGUCUGUGUCUGUGUGUGUGUGCAAGGUCACAUUCUUGGCCUCCCCGUCAGUCUACGCCAGCCUCAACACCUUCCCCCAACAGCCCCUCCUCUUCCCUCCUCUUUGACACACUCUCUCCUCAGUUUCCUGUGUGGAGUCUGGUACUGUACUGCUCCACGCUGAAGCUCUUUCCAUUUAAAUUUCACACCUCUAUCUCAGCCGUAAAUUCAUUCAAAGGUGUGAUCUGUUCACUUACGAGGCGACUGAUUCCUCUCUUUUGUGCUUACUUGAUAUUUUCGAAAGAUUUAAAGCAUGUUUGUGAAAGGUGUAUGUUCAACACUUUAUUAGCCCUAUGAUGACGGACAAUCCAUGUUUUACUUCCUUGUAACACCAAUGCACAGCUGUAUAUAUUUAGUGAAAACAUGAGAUUUUACUCCUUACUCCUUUAGUUCUCCUGACAGGAAACCACGGCAUGAAGGGGAAUUUACAACAGGAUGUCAGCUUGCUGAACUCCCAGAGUUACAACAACAAAAGUCUCUCCUGUACCAAAGAUAGACGCCUUCAGAGUCAUUUUUCUUAUUUCAGCUCUAUUUUCAGCAUGCUGGUAUGUGUCGAAUCACCUGCUGUGCAUAGGCAAGUAAUUUCCUGUACAGAAAAUGGGCCAUUUCUUUAAAUGGAAUUCAGUAAAUACGUAACUGUACUGAAUCUGGGUAACUAGGAGUUUUAACACUUCAUGGCAGCAGCUUACUUUCAAACAAUAGAAAGGUGCUGUUGAAUCAUUACAAGUUAUAUGACUCCAGUUUUAAUAACCAUCAGCUGUAUCCACUGUUGACCAUGGAAAAUCACGUACUUUACUUCCCUUUUAGUUUCUUUCAGUGAGUUUGUAUCAGAAUCCCACAUUUUCAUUUGUACAUAAAAAUACCAUUGCAUGAGUCUAAAAAAAACGGGAUUUAGUCCAUGGUAUUUUUCACUGCUGGUCUUUCAAGGACUGUUUUUUUUUUUUUUUUUCACUCUGCAUAUAUAGAAGAAUAAUGCUACAUUCGAGUUACCUUGGAAGUCAGAUGUUGGAGCUGAAAAUGAUGCCUCGCCCGAGUUACCGGCAUUUCAGUUACCAAGUUGGAGAAAAGCAAAAUCGGAGGCAAAAUCCUUGCUUAUGUUCGGACAAGGCGAGCGCUACAAUAACUUUCUUAAAUGUAGCCAUCUUGUGUCUGCCUCCGAUUUUGCUUUUUUCCGACUUGGUAACUGAAACGCUGAAACGGGUGUGACGUCAUUUUCAGCUCCAACAUCUGACUUCUGAGGGAACUCGAACGCAGCAACAAUAAUAAGUGCAACAAAAAUGUAUUGUGCAUUAAAAUGAGUGUAUCAAAGGCGUAACAGUCAGUGAAAGCAAUGACCUGACAUGUGGGUAAUCUAAGAUGAUAGUGUAAUUAUAUCUCAUGAAAACAUGCUACAUCUAAAUUUUGGCUUGAAAACUGUUCUUAUGAUGUGAUUGUGCAACCCAGUCGGAGGUUAAGAUUAGGGGGGAUUUAGGUUAUGUUGAAAUUCAGACUCUACCAGCAUGACUGCGAUGGGCUACCUAGACUUCCCUCAGCACUUACACACCACAUUGAUUUCUAGCCAUGUGAAUGACACACACAUUCCUGUUGGACUAUUGGAUGCCAGCAUAAACAGUCAUUUAUGUUGUGGGGUUGUUGUUGAUUGAAAAGAUAUCUGGGGUUAUUUGGCUGCAGUGCACAAUACCAGUGUGCCCCUCUUUUAAUGUAUGAAGCUAUCCAAAAGAAAACACUGCACAUGUCUGGAAGUAAGAUAGCAAACAAAGGGUCUCUCUGCGCAGGUCCAUCCCAGUCAUUGACCUGAACCCAUGCUUCUUCUGAAACGAUCCAUUAAGAACUUUUGUCCGUAACCAGGGGACUGUAAAUCUCACAGUGUGGAUGGGGUGAGAUGUCUCUGCUGUAAUGAAUCAGCCCCAGAUCAGCAGACUCGAUCUCGUUCAUUUCUCUCGUCUGGGUGUCACGGGUAGACAUCUCCGAGAGCAUGCAGGAGGUUGAGAUACAGAGAGUCUGUUUAAACCGCAUGGCUGUAUAUAUUGUAUGAUAAUAUCUUAUCUCAAGGUGUCUGGUUUUCUGAUAUCUUCCCUUAAAGAUAAUCUGUAGUCCUUGGACGAACCAGCACACACACACAGACAGACACACACAGUGCCUAUUUAUCAGAUAGUCCAAAUAGAGUUUUGCAAAAGUAGGGCAGACAGUUAGUAUGAGGGAGCGAAUGUCUGAUAACAGACUGAGACCUCUAGCAGAUGGUCACAUCAAAGGGACCCACACACAAUCACAGUCACACCCGGGCACACCCACACAUACAUGCUUCAACAUACCGACACAUUUUUGGCCCUGCUGUGAAGAAUAAAGCAAAGAGCAUUGUUCUUACUCAGACUAUUUGACUAUAGACCCUCUACUGUUUAUAUAGGCUGUUUGAAGUCCACCCAGAAACACCCCCUGCUCACGUUUUUCACCUCCUCUGUCUCUAUUUCUGGGUCAGUAUGUUGGCAGGUAACCCUCCCCAGACUCAGAUGUAGGUGCACACUGCUGGCACGCCGCAAAUUUGUUUUACAGGACUGACUUUUGGCAGGACUUUCUUUCCUGAAGCAUGAGAACGCCUUUGUUUUCCCCUGUUUACACCCUUUCCUCCACCCUCCAGGAUAUUUUCCCUCAUAUCCAGGUUACAGUCUGCUUCUUGGCCCCUUAUCGCAGGUACAGCAGAGGCUGGGAGGGAAAAAAAAAAAAAGCACUGAUAUAUCGUUCUGAAAUGAAUACUGACCCAGAUGGUCUGCAUUUACAUUUCUCACGGCACAGAUAAAGUUGCAGGCAUGCAUAAAAUCUUUGAUUUGAUUCAGAUGUCACGUGAGUAAAGCAGGUGGUCGAGGGAGGAUAAUAAAAACGUGAAACUUUUAUAGGAUGUUUGUUUUCCUGAAGCCCAUCCUAAAGCGCAUUUACAAUAUCGUUAAAGAGGUCAUUUCACAAUUGCAGGAGCGCAGACUGAAGGGUUGUGAAAAGCAAAGACGCGGGAAUCCGGCCUUAUCAUCAAACCUCAUGGGGCCAUAAAGUCAAUUGAGCGUGAUGAGUGCAGUGCUAUCUGCAGCCUGCAAUAAGCUGAUGCACAUAACCACCACAUGCUGGAGCAAUCAGCAGGAUGGGCCAACUUUCUCAAGUGUGAACUUGGUGUAACGGACAGUAUUGUGAACAGCACUUAACUGUUUACAGCCUCACAAACAUGUGAACUCACACUGCCAGGGAGUAAUGAGUAACUUUCCAUUAACACUGAUAUAUGAGCGCAGGAAGUUCAAAGAUUUCACUUUAUCUUUGGUACAGUGGAGCAGGUGUUAAAGACAGAUUGGCAUCAUCAACAUAUAAUGAUAACUUGAAACAGUAAACAGUUGUGCAUUAAUUCAGAGCUGAUCAGUAGCAGACUUUUACUCGGGUCUGUCCACGUAGUAGUAGGAUUUCAAAUGUUAACAGCCUGGCGCUUGAAAAUGUUUUGGUCAAGUUCUUAUCUUUAUUAGUGAGGAAUAGAACAGAUGCUUUUAUUGACAAUAAAACUGGUUCAUGUGGAUCUGUGUCCAUUAAUGCUGUUUUUGUGCUCCCAGUCCUGUUUCCAAGUGUAGUUCAGCAAUCUCAGUAUCUUCAACACCUGAAGUGUUUCAGCUGAUUUUGUCAAUCUGUGAAACUAGUUCAACUUUUGAAACACAGUAAAGCAAUGAGAUGUAUGAAGAGGAGGAACUUCUAACAGUGAUUUUGACGACAACAAUGCUAAGAGCUCAUAAAGAUAAGAAACUCACUAACCACAUGCAGUAAUAAUCUACUGCCAAUUGAAGACUCAGGGUUAGCUAGUGCAAUAAAAUAAUUGAGUAAAAUAACAAUUACUGUUUCUUCAAAUACUAUUUCGGCUAAGAUCUGUAAAUAAAGUCUAAAUUAGUAAGAAGGUAAUCCCGGAUUGAAUUUUUUAGGGUAUUAAACAGACAAAUAGACAAACCUGGUGUCAGCUGCAAACAUUGAUGUUGAUUUUCACUUGAACUACUCUGCUGUGUUUAAUAUAACUGCUCCUCACUCCUUCCUCGCCAACUUUAAAGAGUUUUACCUGCUUUAUAAAAGCUGAUUGAGAAUUGUUAGAUCAACCAGGCAGCAGACAAACAUCUCUUUACUGUGUUUCUGUGUGUUCAUUUAGAGGAGAAUCCACACCUGUCUUAAAUACCAGACUGUCUUCAUCUCAAUGUCCUUCCAGGUGCUCAGCUUCUGUCCUGAAGUCUCAUUCAAUAUGAAUAAUUUCAACAUGAAUAAUUUCACUCUCUCCACUGCAGCUCUGGAUUGCUUCUUCAUCCCUCUUCCUGUUUUUUCAUUUCACUUCUAUGGUAUCUUUCACUGUCUGUGGACAAGGACAAGCGGUCUUGGCAUUGGGUUAUAUAACUGGCAGUGAUGCGCUCUGUGUCUAGACAGGGUGAGGCAGGUGUAAACACGGUUGAUGAGGAGAGGAAGGUGACAGAAAAUUAAAGCAUAAAAAGAUUUUGGAUGAAAAAGAAAAUGAAAGCAUGAGAAAGACGGCAGCUGUGCUUCUAAACCACUCAGAUAUUCACAGAGAGUGCUGGGGCUUGUGUCAGAAAGCACUUACUCACCCUCACAUAUGUGCACACACACGCACACACACACUCACACACUGGCAGAAUAGAAUAUGAGAUUGCAUUGCAGCACUGGCUGGAUGUGUCCCAGCAGUUACCGCACUGAUGCUCGCUGCAGCAGAUGGGAGUGUGCGGUCCAGGCAGGAGCAGAACAGAGUGGGAUAGAGGAGUAGGAAGAAAUAAAGCAAGUACAGGGGAUUGAGCUAAAAACCUAGUCAUAGAUUCAGUGUUUGCUUAGACAUUACAGCAGUGGAAGAGAGUGAGACUGAACAAGCAGGAUCAGGAACAGGUGUGGGACUGAAGGUAACGGUAGACAGUAGAUGUCGGUGGAAGCUUUCGGCAUGUCUCGCUCUAUGAGGCUGCUGCUGCUGCAGAGGUCGUUUAGUGACCACAUCAGGUCGUCCACAUCAAAAGCCCGAGACAUACUCAGCAAGACAGCCCAAGAGAUCCACUUAGCAGGUGAGUGACGAGUGACGGAGACUGCUGCUGACGUGUUUUGAGCAUAUGUCCUUUAUUGUAUGUGCUGUAUGUCCCUGUCUGUGACUGUGCGAAUUUUUACCUUCACGUCUAUACUGAAGUUCAAUAUGACACAACAAGAUUGGAAACUGCAUCAUGUGUGUCUUAAAGAGAAGGCAGGCUUCUGCACUGUGUGUCAGUGGGCAGUGUUCAGUGGAUGUGAGGUAAUGCUGCAGAUUUGUGAAGUAGGCACCAGCUUCUUCAAAUGUUUCUUGAGACAUUUUUAUCAUUUUUUUGCCCAGGAAGUGUCAUAUUUACAAGCGUGCACAAGAAUUUGUUUGUUUCAGGAUUCAUUUCUCUGAAUCUUUACUGUCUAACCCACCCCCUAAAAUUGCUAAAACAAAUCCAGGUUUUGCCCAUGUAUAACUAAUAAGCUGGCCUUGCACACACACACGCACGGCUGAGUGCAUUAGAUCCCAGCUCCCUGGCUAGCUCGCUUUUAAAUAAUACACACAGUAAAAGCAGCAGCAAAGAAAAUGGAUUUAAUGUGGCGGCUCUUGAGAAAUGUUGGCUGUAGACGGCUGAUAUCAUCAACUGGCCCUUUCAGAGUGCUUCCAAAAGAGAUCUUCAAAGGUUGCAGGAUGUUUGGCUGCAUCAUGUCUGAAAUUUCACAGUUGUUGAAGUCAGUACAGGUGCUGCUGCGCUGCUUUUCAAAGGAGGAAACAUCAUUUUACCUCUGAACCCAGAGGUCAGCGCCCUGUGGCCUAACCCUCCUAUUGAAGUAGAGAGCACAGGUGAUAAAUAUCAGCCCACAAACAGUCUUGAGGAUGUUUCAGGCUGUUGCCAAAUAGCUCACUGUCCCACAUGAAAGACUUGAAAAAGUGGGUCAAGGAAUUAUGACAGGAUCUAAUUACAGCGCUCUUGUCAUGUCAUUAUUCCCCACUUUUCAUCUGCUCUCUUCUCGUCUCCGAGCUGUAAGCGGAGUAUUGCAGUUUUGACAGGAAAAGCAUGUGUAAUUGAACCAUUAUGACUGAGUGAAUUUAUGCAUGAGCGUUGGAGGCCAUAAAAUGCAGCAACGCAUUACACUGCCCCAAGAGCACUCUGAAUAUUCUUGAGUCAGCAUGUUUGUAGUCAUAUAAAAUUAACCUGAUCAAGCUCAAAAGUAAAAGGCUAGCAGUCUGCAAAUGUAGUCAAGCUGUUUCAUUUCUUUAAUAUAAGAGUAAGUGUAAAGCCUGUGAUAGGGAUGUACUCUGCCUCCUGCCUGACAGCGCCCUACGACCCAAAUGGGAGAAGUAGUAUAGAUAAUGGAUGGAUGGCUAUCCAACCGUUUCCCUCGCAAAUAUUACUAGCCAAAUGCUGGGAUUUGUUGUUAUCUGUUGGUAGCCAAAGGGGUAAUUAGUGUAAUUUAAACUUUAAACAGCGUCCUGUGACAGUCUGGAUUCUGAAAGUGGUGAAAUUGUGACAAAAUAGGAGAUUCAUUUGAAGGGAUAUUCUGGCGUAAAAUUAAUUUAGGGUCAAACACACCAUAACACCGAGUUAGACACCCCCUUGAGAGAUGUUGCUGACCUCUUGCUUCUCUAGUUUUACCAACUUUAGUAACAACCGCACGAUAACAAUACACAGCGAUCUGAGGAGCCAUAAACAAACCUCAACCAAAACACCACUCUAUAGCCACAAAUAAUGCUCAGAACAGCACCUAACUUCAUCAACAGUACAUAUAGGGUCCUAGCCACAGCACAAUAACCCCUCAUGAACUUAACUUAGUUAAUAACCCCUCAUGAAUCAGACCCCUAAAAGAUUACCCAAGGUUGCUUCUACGUACUUAAAUACAUGACUUUUCUUGUCUGUGUUCCUCAGUGAGGCAUGUGCACUAGCUAAUGGCCCUCAGAGCGUUCAAGGACUAUGCAGCAUCACGCAUCCUGAAACCCUAUAGCCCUGUUGACAUUUCCCACCCUUGUCACAUCUAUGAUCACAUCGCAUAUUUAAGCAUGUUUACACCUGAAGGGGUAAACAUGUCCCUGAGAACACUGACUCAAUCCCCGCACUAAAACCAGCUGUCACUCACAUUCUUUGUGCACACCAGCUAUCGGAGACGUCAUCAGAAAGAUCACUGCUGCGUCAGGCUUUUGUCCUUGAAAGCCCUUAAAUCAACCCCUUCUUUUCAGUAUGGAGCUUCUUUUGGUGGUGGAGGUGUAUGAAUGGAAACCUGAAGGGGCCAAAGCUUCAAGCAGACAUACUUUUCUAACAACGUCCUCUGGGCCAAAGGUAUGAAAUUCCAAAAGAAAACAGUAACAGAUACUGUACAACCAAAGCUGUACACAAGAGUGGACUAGCAGCCUUUUCAUAAAGUCAUGAUUAAUGGUUCGGAGGACUUCAGUUUGUCCUACAAAGAGUAUCUCUCUAUCUGGCCUUUGGACUUCACUGGUCCUGUGAUAGCACCAAGAACUUAAAUGAAGAACAAACUUAGAAAGGAUACAUAAAAUGAACUAUUGAUGCAUGGAGGGUAGGUUUUAUGUGAGCAUUUGAGCCGACAGAAAAGGCUGGAAUGAGUGGCAUGCCUUCUGGCUUGUUAAAAAUGGCCUAGAAAGGUCAAAGGGCAUCUUGAUUCAGGGCUGAUGGCAAGAAAGAAAGGGGGCAACGACACAAUCAGUCAUCAGAUCCUCCAUAUUCCCUUUACUUGGUUCACUUGGAGGCCACAAAAAUUGUACGUAAUUGCUACACAAGCUUGGAGUCAAAACACAGGGCGCAACUGCUGAUUGUGGUUGCUUGGAAGAUAAUAUUUCAGUUUUGGAUCACUAAAGUACAUCUUUCUAUCUUUAUGGACAUCCAAAAACAAGACGGGCUGAACCAAAGUUUCCUGUUACCUUGACUAAACUAAUACAAAACAGAACGACACACCACUCAUCUUAAAGGGACAUAAAUUGGACAGUUUUACAUCUGACAUUCAUGCCAUUUAUGACGCCAUUUGUGCCAAUUUCAACACAACCAGAUAUUUUUUCAAUUAAAUGAUUUUAAAAGUCCCGCUAAACAGACAUAAAAGAAAGAAAGAAGAAAUGUUCUUGGCUUUCUUAUGCAUGCUUUAUUCUGUCAUGUUACGCUUUGGCUCAGUUUGAGGAAUGUCAAAUGGAUGAGGACAUGCAUGCAGCUGCUGCAUUUAUGUGAUUUUGCAUUAGUAUUCCCAUGAAAUGUACACUAAUUUGCAUUUGUUUCCCCACCACUACCAUAGUAACCAUAACAAUGAUAAGCAGAAUCCCUCCCAACAUUUGCUUUUGAUUCAGUCACAGGUUUGUCUGGACUUUUGUUAGUUUGAUUUUGGGUUGUUUAUUGUGCAUUUUGACUUUGGCACAAACCUCAAGCGGUCCUCCCUUAAAAGCCUCAUUUUAGUUCAAUAUUUCUUUUAAUGUAAAGAGGAAACUGUAAUUGUUCGGUAGAGUGGGGACUUUAGGUGAAUUUAUUCUUUCUGUUCCUCUUUGCUUGUUUGUGAAAUUCACUGUCAGUAGCAUUAGCUUCUUCACUCAUGGUAGAUUUUGUUUUGGUGGUGCGGUUCCUCCUCCCCUGGUGCUCUGAGCCUGAACCAACUCAAGCUAAAAACAGCAAAGACUUUGUGUGUCCGAGCCAAGUCCUGGAUGAGGCACAGUUAAAUGGAAAAUGCAAUGCUCUACCAAAUCUGCUCUUCUACUCUGCCAACUCUGCCUUUUCAUCCAUCUUGGAAAGCUAAGGAUGAAUCUUCUUGAAAUUAUAAAAUGACCACUUAAGUGGUCACAGGCAGACAAAAAUAUAUCUUGUGAAAUAUGCAGCUUUCCUUUUUGGUCCCUUCUUCUGUCCUUCCGUGUUGGCUCAUCAGGUCAUGGCAGAUGGUUCCCCACCAAUUAGUCUGGUUAAGAUCUCCUCUGGGCAUGAUUGCAAAGUGCUUGCUCACGGUGGAUCAGUGUCAGGUCUCUGUAAAUGAUGUUUCUGUUUACAUUUGACUGACAUGAGUUUUAGACUGGAGAAAACAAAUUUUAAUCCAUUGAUCGAUCAAAAUAGGCGAUCCACAUGCUACCAGCUGGACUAAACCACUGACCAACUGGAAAAUCUGGUAGGGCCAUCUGCAGAGUCCCAACAUGAUAAAAACAUAAUGGAUGAGCCCAGUCUUUAUCUAAAAGUGUGGCUAAGUACUUCAGGUGACACAGACAGUGCAUGAAGUUAUAAUUACCAUUUUAACUCAAAGUUCUCCAGUUUGAGUCUAUUCGUGUCAUUGUGACCUUACUUGUGCAUGAGUGUGUUAUUGUUGAGUGGCCACCGGGCUUUUGUAUCUGGCUUUAGACCAGGCUGGUAGGAGGUCCAUAGACAUGUUCCGGUCUGCUCAAGCCCUGCCUACUGUUAAACAACACAGAUGUCCUGAGCUCUAUUGUGGACCUGCAGGACUCUACAGGGUCCCUGCAGGGCCAUUUCACGCCUCAGGAACGCCCAAAGAGGAAGUCAGAAAGGGUGCACUGCUGUGACAUCAGUAGAAACAUCUUCGAAUGAAAGGCAGCCAUGUAACAAAUUAGCUUCAGUAAGAUACUUUCACCCCAAGAACUAAGAGAGCAAUUAAAUGUUUAAACAGGGGUUAAGCCCCAAAAACAUGAAUUUGAAAUAUGUAUCUCUUCUUCAUGGGCACCAAGCAUUUUAACUACUUAAACCAAACUACAUGAUAAGAGACUUCGCUAACUUUAAACACUCAUGUGCUUUGCCGCCCUGUCUGUGGGUUUUAACACAUUGUCUCCAGCUGUUGAUUGGUUUGUGGCAAUGUGCGUUUGUGGUCUUGGAGACAAUUAAAGCAUUUUUGGUUGCUCUCAACAUGUGUUCAAUCUUGGUAAGUACUUGUUGUUCUCAUACAACAUUUCUGUCUUUUGAAAACAGACAUUCUGUUAUCUACAUUGAGAUGUCAAAGUAAGCAAUCGAGACCACAACACUCCAGUAAUUGUUUAAUCUUUUCUUGGUGUCUUUCAUUUCCCCACAACAGAUCUGUUUAGGAUGGUUUAUCAUGUGGUCAUUCCGGCGGCUUCGUUCUCUGUGAAAAGGGGCGUUUGAUGUUCCUUGUGGCAGCAAUUCCCUGGUUUGCGCAUCACGUUUCAGUAUGCCUUCACAUUUAGGUCAAGCCGUUCAAUUUGCAGGUUUAUAAAUAGCACCUCCUGAUUAUUUUAUCAAGGCAGAUGAACCGCUCCACUGUCUUCCACUGUGCUGUUAUUCCGUUGCAGUCAUGAGGAUGUGAAAAAGUAGGCCAAGAACAGUAUUUCCUGUCAUCUUUGUUUGUGCCUGAGAUUUUUAUUCAAACCCAUGUGAGUCUCAUGAGAGAUGCGUGCCACACUUGAACCACUGAAAGUCGUAAAAACAGCACUUGUGUGUGAGCCUGUGAGUGUUAGUGCAUACCUAAAAGCAUGCACAGACUUUUAUACUGUGUGACUGUGCACGCGUGCCCUAUAAGAUUACAUUCAAGCUUGACCAGACAUGACUAUGGGAAACAUGCCAAGGACAUACUGUAUUUUCACUCCCUUCCUCAGUGCCUGUCUUUUCCUAUCUUUGUGUUUGUUUGGCAUUUUUUCUAUUUUCUCUAUUCUUUUCUUAGCACUCACUCCACAAACAAAUCAGUCAAAUACAAGUUGUUCUGUUGUUCUCUCAGGAAGCAAGAUAUUGAUAUAGCUUGCAACCAUACAGACUGUAGAUACACGUUUUGGAUAUGACAUUCGUGAAAACGCAAUGACAUCUUAACAGCAUCACAGUCUAUUUUUGACUCUGAGUCAAGUGUUUUGACCAACUCAAAAAAGAUUUACUGCAGUUUUCUACAGCUCUCUGUUAUAUGAGACGGUCUCUGAAAUGAAUUGGUGAAGAUGCACAUCCAGUUACAGAUAUUAGAUAUUUUAAUGCUAGAACAAAUGGACGUUAUUUCCUGACAAAGGGGAAAGUGGUUUGACAAAACAUCUCAAUUUCCACCGGUGUUUUUAUGUAUGUUUUGUAUUUUGCACAAAGUCGUACACCAUCAACCCAUUUGUAUCAGCUGAAUUGUAAAUUUUUUAUUUAUAUUGUGACUGAACUCCACUUUUGGUUGGAAGUCUAGAUGCGUGAUUGAAUAGUAUUUACUUGCUCCAUUCAUGCGCCAAUGGUAAUUUCAAUGGUUAUCCCAGCCAAUUCAACCGAUGGGAUCAAGCGAUAGACAAAGGUUUUUUACGGUUUACCAGGUACCAAUGGUGCAAUUUACCAGGUAAUCUGACCUCCUCACUCACUUGCCUCCAGGUGAGCUCCUUUACAUUCCAGUUUCAGUAAUUGAAAGAAAAAGUAUCAUAUAAUUCGUGGCACUGACACAAUCAGUUUGUCCUCUAUUUUAGAUACCUGUGAACAACCGUCCAUUUUCAUACAGCAACCUUCGAGCUGAUUAGUUAUCGGGACGCAAAUAUCUGCUCAAGUUGAGACAUUUCCAGCUCACGCCCAAUUUGCGUCACUGCGCCGCUAGAGAAGUAGAAGCGUCUAAUCGUGUCUUUGCAUUGACUUAACGUAAUUCAUUUGCGCAAAAGAUUUUACUCAAGCUUGGUGUGUGGAAACAGACUUCCUUAGUGAUCCAAAUCUUCAAUUUUUUCCUCAUACCACAGAAAGGAUCAUUUCAUCUUCACUCAAAUCAUACCCAUGAACCGUGUCACCCUCUUCGUGUAUUAGUGAAGCCAGGUUGUCCUGCUGUUAUGUAGCAGCCUGUCGUCUCUUAAUGCACUUGUGCCAGUGUGUGAGGGUGAAGACUUUUGAGAUAUUUAUGAUUGAGCUGGCGUCCUUCAACCUUGUCCCUGUUCACUGAUUUAAAGCCCCCUUGUUUCUGGCCCUGUGCACUCACAAGGCCGCUUGUUUCGAACACUCUGGAAUGUUUUGCUAAACCCAGUGACUCCAGCAAGCUCAUGCCAAACUUGUUUACUUUGCUCGUUCUGCUGCGUGCUCCCUCGCCUUCGGCCUUUUCUCACUUUCUGUUUUUUAACACAUGAACUCACUCAAUGUUGCUUUUGACUCUUAUUAUAAGACCCCUUUCUGUUUUAUUGAUCCGGCAGUAAUUGAUCUAUUCUGUCUUUAGUAAACACACGUGUUUGAUCCAGAAAGCAGAUCUGAAGCCAUCUCAACUAUUUUAAGAAUUACAAUUCAAUAAAAUAUGAGAACCAGUCUCUCAUUAAGAGAUGUAUUUUAUGUUGUCAAGAAGCAUAGAAUAUAGAGAAAAAGAUUUGUUUCAUUACCAUUAUGGGUAUGUAUUUUCAGCCUAAGUCUGCUUUCAUGAGUGAAAUCGUAAUCAACUUUAACUUUGGUUUCUGUUUCUUUUCCCAAAUUCGUCUCUCAAGUGGGAUGUCUCGCCCUUUUCAACAAAACCACAAGAAGCCCACUUAAUGCACACUUUUGACUGCUCAUUGUUCCAUUCACUGCCCGUGCUUUCACUCCCGCAGAUGGAAGCCGAUGCAAUUGUCCUUCACAGACUUCUGGCAAACACUUGUCUCCCUCACAGACUUGAACAUCCAGAUUAUAACCGACCCGGAACAACGGUUCUGCUAUUUCAAGCACCCAUUGACAUUGUACAAAGAUGAAGAGCUACUUCUCACAAACUUCUUCAUUUGGCAAAGCUUAGAAAACUCCAAAGUGCUGCGUACAAAUAUUUGCACACAUCGUGGAAUUCACUCCUGCCUCUGCAUUCGAGAACUUCUGAUUUCACACCCCAGACUUUCAACCGGCUCACUCCUACACCUCUCUUUUCUCUGUCAGCAGAAAUGGUGCGAGUGCUGCUGUACGCAGUGCUGCUGUGUUGGCAGAGACAGAGCUGUCUUUAUUGCUUUGGCUUGUCCCUGGGUGUGUUGGGCCGUUUCCACUUCAAUCAAAUACUGGGAAGUUGACUGGUGGAUCGUCAUGUUCUGUCAAAUACAGAUCCAAGAACAGAAUAUUGCUCAGAGCGGAGAGAAAAGAGAAACUGUAAAGUUUGAUUGACUGUACAGAUUAGUAAAUGUCUACAAAUGAUGAUUGGUUUCACACAGUAAAGAAAAAAACACUCACUUGGAAAAAGAAAAGAUGGUCGGUUUAGUGGGAUGACUGAUCAGUGGUGUUCAACUAUUUAAGGAGUGACGAAUCAUAGCUCGAGACUGAGUAAGCUAAAUUUGGCUCAGUAAGAGUACCUGGAGGGGUGCCACACCUGAAAAAGAGCACACAGUGAUAAAAAUAGAAAUGAAAUCAAACACAUGUACACGUGAUGAGUAUGCAUUUAUCAGACCGCGCACCAACGGAAAGUUGUCUACAGCAGCUUUAGCGAAAAAUACUAAGAUACAAAAGGCAGGAUUUGGUGCAUACACCCUUUGAAUUCCUGGCUGUUUAGUUAACUACAAGAUGAGUGUUAAAGUGUGUGCACAUGUACUCAUCUUAACCUAUGAAGUAAAAGAGCAUGAUAAGUUCAGAAUACAACAUCAAAGUAGUGUCAGAGAGAUAUGGCCGUUUGGAUAUCUGAUUAUUAAGGUCAAUUUUUGUGGCAGUCACUAUCCUAAAAGCUCAGUUAAAGUACCUGCCAAGCCAAUGAUGCAGAGUCCACCAAAACUUAUGAUGUGAGACUUGAGGAAGGUGAUGGCGUGACGACUCGACUCUGGUCAUUAGUUGUAAAACAGCAACAUUCCUGAAAAAAUCUUUUCCAGAUGGGCAUUAACAACUAGUUUUAGUGCUCCAUUAAAACAGUCUCAUCUUUGGAGACUUAACUACCUCUUGGGUUGCCUGAUCUCAUGGUAUGUUGUUUGUUUACUCUCUGCUGGGCCUUCAUUUCCUGUGUGUCUGCUGCUUUCUGCAGCCCUCGCAGGUCUCAGUGGGUCAUCCCUCUUUAAUUUACUCAGUCAAUCCACAGGAGGAUUUGAGUUAAUCCUGUUGUUCUUGUUGGUAUUUUCGACCCUUUCGGAGAUUUCUAUCGGAUGGGACAAUUAAGUUGUGAUGAAAUUUUGUGAAACGGCAAAAUUAACUGUACAGUCUAAAUACCUGUUCACCUGAAAAGCUGUCAUUUUCAAAGUGUGUGAGCCAUAAACACGCGCAGAAUACCAUUUCAGUCUUCCUGUUUACCAGAUCAACAAGCUGCAGAUUAAGAGAAUAAAAGGGACCAAUAAAAGACAUUUUCAUUGCUUAGUGUUAUCAACAGUCGUUAAAUUAAAUGAAGUCGUCUCAGAAAACAUCUGGUGACAGGAUGUGGCAUCAAUUGUUUUAAACACACAAACUCAGAGACACAUUUUCCCCAUAACCCUCCAAGAUGCUCUGUGAUUAUUAUCAUUCAGCUGGUCUGUCAGUAUCCCCCCUGAUCUGCCACGAUAUUUAAGCAAUUGUAUCAUUUAAUGCGAUCACGAGCAUGCUCAAGUUUUCUGCAAGAACAGAAAAGUCAAAUGUCACUCUAAAUUCCCCUGAGGAUAAGAAUCAAUUUGGCAACUGAUUCCAAAUAUUUUAUGGAGAUUUUUUAUCUUUUCCCCAGAAAAGCUGUCUUUGUUAUCCAGAUCACGAGACAGCACGUGUCUCUGGAGCUCUUUGAAAAUGUCAUUUUUAGGGCAUUUGGGUUGAAUAGUUACUGAGGGCUCAUGUUAUCAGAUACAUGUACUCAAAGCAUACUAGAUGUUGCAGGAAAAUACAUCUAAACUGUCAAAAAUGCUGCUGGCUGAUGACAACUUUUAUAAAGAAAAGUAACUGGUCUUCACUCUGUGUCUUCACCCAUUCAACCUCAGCAAUAAAUACACAAGUUUUGAUAUUCAUGAACUUUUGUUGAGUUCAUUGUAUAGGAACAAUGCCAGUUUGGCAUUAUGCAUCAUUGUAUUUUUGGGCAAGACAGAGAGGCAGGAAAUAUGGCGAGAUAGAGGAGGAUGAUGUCGACAAUCAUACUGGGACCAGGGAUCAAUCCAACGAUUGAGUGCAAUGACAACUAUAGCUUCUGUAAGAGGGGCGCUCACUCCACCAAAUACUCCAUUAUGCAUCAAUGCAAGUAGAAUGGAAUAAACACAUUAACAACAUUUAAUCUCUCUUACCGAAGAAGAGACCUCCAAGACAGAACAAAAUUCAACCAGAGGACAUAUAAUGUGACACACUCACGUUUUUACAUAGAAAACAUAUAUAUUUGUUGCAUUUUAGAUUAUAGAUCUACAUUUAAUGAACUAGUUAUAGUACUAAUGAGCCCAAAACCAAUACAUAUGUGCUGAGAAUAUGCCGUGUUUACCAUCUUAUGCGCUAUAGUGACUUUUCACCGACAAUCGUUAAAGUUUAGGGAGUGUUAAAGCAAAGAAUUGGAAAAAUUUAGACAGAUUUGAUUUCAAAUCUGGUUGAAGUGUUGGCGCUUAUGUUAAGAGGUGUAUUGUACAUUCAGAGCUGACCCCUGAAAAGGAAUAAAUGCUUUAACCAUACCCAACAAUAAUCAUAGUAGAGUGACCGACUAACCCUUAAACAUUACUGGACAUUGGGCAGAAUCUGAAUCCAAGCAAUGUGUGCUAUGAAUAAAUGUACCUAAGAAAUUAGCUUAAAUAGAGUGUGGUAUCUAGUAUGGACCUCAGCUCAACACACUUCCUCCAACUCAUGGUGACUUGCUUCUUGACUUCUUUAUACUAGAAAGCAACUAGUAAUUUUAUUUAUGAGGAGGUUGACAGCCACUUCGGGGCCUCGGGCAAAGACAUUUUCCUCUUCCCAUCUCCUCAUUCUUUCCCAUCUGUCAUUGUGUUCAGUUGGACUGAAAAAUCCCUGACACAGCUGAGAUAUUAUUACAAUCAAAGGCAGCAGCUUGCGUUGCCCUUGCAGCAUUUGGUUGAUAUAACAGGGAAUUUUGUGAUUCUUUUCUUGAGAGGGUUAUGGGUUUUGGUUGGUUUUCUCUGAAUCCAGUCGUGGUACUGGCUAAUUAGAUGUAGUUAUACCAUAAAUGUGAGCUGUCCUGGGAAGAGUCUGAUUAACACGGAGAAAGAGUUUGUUUAAGCUUUUUCUAAGAAGGAGUUUUUAUGAGAAUACCAACAUGAUUGGUAUCAAACCCUAAUGCUGGGGACCACCACCUCAGAGAAGCUUCUACAUAACCUCUCUUAAGACCGAUCGCCCUCUUAAUGUUCGUUUGUUCAUCUGAUCGAGAGGUGUGGUAGGUGACCUUUCACCUUGUAGUCACUCAGGGAUCGUAACCUCUUUGCCACCAUGAAUGGGUGAACACAAGGCCACUAGCUGAGUGUUGUCACCCUCCGUGUCCAGGAUGACCUCCACUUUAACUCCUGAUAAUACAAGCGCUGGAGUGCUUGGCAUUAGCAUGUGGGGUAAGUGACACCCUGACGACUUAAUGUCUUUUGUGUGCAUGUGGUUGAGGUCAGGGUUAGUUAACAUGAUGUGGGUCCAGCAUUUCAUGGACUAAAUACACUGACAGGUCCACCACCCGCUCCUUCCAACACAAUAUUUUCCACUCAUUGUUUGUGCAACAAAGCAGCAGGUUUGUAAUGUUCUGAACGAGGCAUUCAGGGAAUGUUUUGAGGACGUGGGUUUGUUCAAUUUUGCCUGGAGUGACGUGGGUCCUAUAGUGAUUUUUCCAACAGAUUCCUGCGUUUGCCGCCUGCCCUUUUCCUUUCAUUUCAUCUGAAACAUAAUGAAUGGUAAACACACACGUUUUUCCCUCGUAGCAUGUCUGUCAGCACUGUCAAUAAAGGUGUCAUGUGAAACACUUGAGUGGAUCUUUAAAAUAUGUUUGCUCUGCAACGUGAGCUCGAAAGCUCGGCUGUCUAAAGACUCGUGAGCAUGACAGUUCUUGGGUUUGGGGUUCAAAAGCCAAAACAGAGUGACCCAGCAGCUCUUUCUCUUUAGUUGCUUUUCUUCUGCUGGCCUCAUUACCUUUAAGCCUUUGGCACUACAAGUGAGGGAGCAAAGAAAGUGUUUGGUCUUGUUUGGUUUUUCUUGUUGUCUGAAAGAAAUCGUUCUCUGUGCAGUGACCUUGUUUGAUCUGUCUGUGCUGAUGCCACAGACAGAUGUCUGAGGUCUCCUGUCCUAUAAUAAGGCUUAUUGUUUGUGAAAGUUGCAGUUUAUUUGUCAGGUGAUUUUACUUUGACAUCAGACACUAAUAGAUUUGCAGUCGAACAAAGGAAACCUCUUUGCCAUUAGAGAAAAUGGAUAUUGCUACUGGAUGUUUUGCAUGAAGUCUGGUGAGUUGUAAUGACUUUAUUGAUCUUAUUUUGGACCAGUCUUAGGUUAUCUGCUGAUCAUUCUCAAAGAUAAGGAAACAGCCUUUCCCUCAUUCUGGAAAAAUACGAGGAGGGAGUAAACAGAGAGGGAUCAUGAGAGUCCAAUCUGUUGGACAUAUGGCGGUUCUGUCACUGCUGCCAACCUCCAGCUGGACAUUAUUAGUCUCCCCCCCGAUUGUCAGGAGUUGAGCUAUCAUCCCCGGGGGACUGGUGAGGAGCAGAGGGAUAAGGAGGGAGUCACAGAUCCUGUUCAUCACCCAAAGCUCCCGCCUUCACACACAUCAGUGGUGUCCAUUAGCUCCUAAAGUAAAUAAACCCAGUGAGUCAGUGUGUAGGACAGACGGGGAAAGAGUGUCUGAAUGAGGGUUUUAGGUAUCAGGGCUGAGUUUUGAAAGGUUAUUUAACGAUCAGACUAACAGGCAUUGAUACUCGGCGUCAAACCAUCAAAGUUAUGAACCACAAACUACAACUAAACUAUACAUGACGUGAUUGGUUCCUUUGUUUUACAGAUGUUUUACAGAUGUUUGUGAUGUCUAAAUCUGUGUCAGGGUUUAGGUGAAUUUAGGUGGUAAAUGUAGUAUCCUUUUUUUUUUAGGGUGACCAUAUUCUGACUUCCCAAAAAGAGGACACGACUACACGAGGGCGGAAUGAAGUGAAUUUUGAGAGUUUUUCGGGUCAGAUUAAGUGUCUUUUACGCGCUUCUAACUCAGUAAGCCCACGUGUCACAAAAUCCAAACUCUCGUACAAAACCGCGGACAUUUGAAGGAUUUUAUAAACUUCCGUGGACAGCCCCCCAAAAAAGAGGACAUGUCCUGGUAAUUUUUUUAGCAUUAUUCAUGGCAGAGAUUUCCAAUACAUGAUACAUUUUAGUGUUAAAGUAAAACAAGGUGAAAAAGCAGGUCUUACUCAUGUACAUAAAGAUAUUUGACGGACUGUUUCGACAAAGAGAGUUUCUCACAGGAGCUCUAAAACAAGAGAUUUGGUGAAAAAUGUGGAGGCACUCAUUUCAGCUAAACUUUGAAGAAGAAGAAGAAGAAGAAGAAGGAGAAUUAGGUCAUGGGCACAUCAAACAAGUCCGCGCAGUACCUACAGGGUUGCCGCCGCUACCUGAUACAGCCAGAUAUAUACAACAGCUCCCUCCUGUUUAUUUGUACUUGGCUUAAAACGCUAGAUUCCUGCUCAGUGGAUUUGUGUCAGCUAUUCAUAAAGACAACAUUUAGCUUUUCCAGCUGAAGUAAGGCCCUUCAUAAUCUUAUCAAAAACCGUCUGUGUUGGUUCGCGGAGGGCUACCUUAAAAAUAUGCCAAGCAUGCAAACAAACCCGUGGUUUGCUCAGGCACAUAAACAUCUAUUUACGCUCGAGUAUCUUCAGUUCCUACAUGUGAAAGGCGCUUGUCUUGUGAGCCUCCUGUCUGAUUCUAGUUUAGUAGGUCAUGGUUGUCACAUGAAUAAUGAGUUAACGUCCAUCGGCUGAUGUCUGCCUCCUUCUACAAUUUGUCAGCCUGCAGCUGAAGGGCAGAAAAUAAGUUGCACACACAGCAAAAUGAUUGCUCUGCUGUGUUUUACCUGGAGGGGGGACAAGUUCGCGAAUAACUGAACGCACACCUGGACUUGUUAUGAACGUCAGCAUACAAAUGUCAGUCACACAAGUUUCUUAAUUUGAUUAAAAAUAGACGUUUUAAGAAAAUUACAAGCAGAUUAUAAGCGACAAGUUUUUUUUGUGUGUGAGAAAAGAGUUAAAAAUUGAUCUGAGGUGUUGGUCAUAUUUUUGGUUGUGGUGUCAGGAUUCGUCACGGUGCGUCUGCUCUUCAUCCCCUCUCUCUUUGAUCUGCUGUUGCUCUCUCUCCUAUCUAUCUUAUCUUUAAAAAUAUGACACGGGACAACAGAAGCUGUAAGAAGUUGGAAGCUGGAAGAAAUCACUGAAAUCCAGACCUGCUCGGUGCGCUUUUUACAAAAGGAGCCUCUGGAUCAGCGAUAAUCUCCCGGCUGAACCUGGUUUGUGUUUGUCAUGACAGCCGGCAUGUCUGUAUGGUUCGUCACGUGGCUCGCUAAGAGGUGAGGGUUCAAAGGAGGUCACGGGUCAGGGCAUGGAAGACUAAAGCAUCAACUUCCUGCCUUACUCACUGACUGAUUCUUCACAGAGAGAGAAUGGACAUGUGGUACAUUGGAAUUCGGUCUUCGCUCUGCUUGUGUAGGACUGCAUGACAAAAGUCAAAAACAGGAAAGAAAAUAGCAGAAGGGGGGAGAGUCCCGCACUUUCUAUUGUCAGAGGUGUUAUUGGACACCUCGAUGUGGGCGUGCAUGUGAAGGACACACAGGCAUAUACUUAAAAGAUCACAUACCACAUAUCAGCAAACACGCACAUACAUUUCUGCACCUGACAUUAAAUACCUGUUUAUAAUACACCCAAGAUUCAUGGACUCACACCCUUGUUUCAUAUUUAUACACGCUUUACCCUCCACAAUUUGGCCGCAGGGCUCAACUCUCAUUCCAGAUCUUAAAUCUUGCACCCAAGGCCCCAUGAUUCAUUGCUGCUGAAAGGAAGCUGGCAUAUGUUUGACACCCAUUCCUACUUCUUCAGACGUACGCCAACUCCAUCUGUAUCCAGAACAGUUCAUCGCUGUGCCAGAUGAUAUCAACAGAGAUAACAUUCUUAGGGAUUGAUGCCGUUACAUUUCGGUCUAAGAGUGACUGCUUCAGACCUACUAGUGUUUCGGUGAGUCAAAAUCCACACCAGAGCAGGGAAUGACAAAGAAAACAUGUAGUAUUCAUCAAAGCAGGUAACAAAACAAUCUUAUCUCACAACUUAUCUAGCAGUUUAAUUGUGUUUACCACCCUUGUCUCCCUAGUUUUAUUCUACAGCCAAUGUCUGCUGCUGAAAUAGUAGUGGAUGACACUCAGGAGGCUUUUACACCUUCAUUGUUUGGUCCAGACUUUCGGACUUCUCUGAUUGGUCCAAACCAAAAUGAUAGGUAUGAAACCUCCCCAGGACCUUGGUCCAGACCAAACAACCAGACUUUGGUCCAACCAAAGAGGUAGUCUCACUCUGUACCAAACUGAACCACGGUCUUGUUCAUGCCCAGGGUGAAAGCAUUAUUUUGAAAGGUUCGGACCUUCGAACCAAAGACAGGCAAUGACGUGAGGAGUAGAAUUGUCCGUUAUGAUGUUGAAUGAAGAUUGUCCAAUAACAGGAAAUUAUAUAGUUACACCUCACUAUUGACGGCUUAUCUUUUCAAGAGUUUUACUACACAUACUUUUCUCUUGAGCCAAUGUUGCAAUGACUCGCAGGAUUGCAUACUUUCUUUUCCUUUCCUGUCAAUGUCAAUAAAGUUGAAGUUCAUGAGACUUCCUUGGACCUGCCUCAUGUACAGCUCUUCAAGUUGUCACUUUUUGAGAUAUAAAAAAUCAAAAAUAGUACGAUAGUGGGAAUGACGAUUUCAUCCAUGUUGACUGUGCUUUUGAACGUGUUGACGUCAGACUCCCGCCGGCCUAAUGACCAAUCAAUGUGAACUACAGAGACACGCAAAGCAUGUAGUUGAUGACGAUAUCACGUAGGUUCGUCAUGUAAAGUCUGUUAGUCUAUUUGCAAUUAUGACAGUGUGAAACCGAAACAGACUGAACUAAAUGUAUAUAAUGUAACAAAAACAUGGACCUUGGUCCGGACUUUCAGGUUUUGAAACACCCUCAGACUACUCAGAGCAGCCGUUUUCCCCCAGACUUGGUAUUUUUCUGCAGAAUCUGUAACUACAGAUAUGAAAAACCAGGCAGAUAAAAUGAUACUUCAAUUCACUUGGAACGGGAAAUUUCCAGGCAUUGCACCACAGCUCUCUCUGUGUGUGUGUGUGUGUGUGUGUGUGUGUGUGUGUGUGUGUGUGUGUGUGUGUGUGUGUGUGUGUGUGUGUGUGUGUGUGUGUGUGUAUGUGUUUCACAGCCAUAUGGUUGGCAUCAUUAACCACUCCCCAAGUGUUCAGCUGGUUUCCCAGGCAGACCUCCACCUCUUGUAAUUCUUAGAAAAUGUGCUCACACACACACACACACACACACACACACACACGCACACACACACACACACACACACACACACACACACCGACUCUUCUCUUUAGUGUUAAAGCUCACAGAAAAUAAAUCAGCCCAGCUUGGUUCAUUGACUUCAGGCCACUAACAUCUGCACUUUACCGUUAAAUGUUGUUGUUGGGUCUCAGCUCUGAGAUUAACGACAAUAAUCAGCGCUCGCACAGACACCGCAGCAGAGUUUACAGCAUUUUAAUGUCGAAAAAGAGGUUUCUACUUUCUCUUAAAGUUGCCUGUGACUGUGAGUAAAAAUCAUCACCUUAUGCUGUUUGUUGUUUUCGGAAAAAUUUUAGGUCUUUUGCCCAAUCCCCAAUUUAUUCAGGAAGAAGUUUUGACAUGUCCCUUUACUCUUUAUCCAGUUUAGCAUGGUUAUGAAUUUUCUACACUCUCAUUGGAGCUUUAAUGCUCCUCUUUUCUUGUUCCCCAAACUCCAACAUUUUCCCCAUAGUUGUGCUGGCAGCCUCGAGCAAACCAUCACUAAUCUGCAUGGCUAAUAAGUAAAAUAUGAGCAGUAAUCUGGAGCUGUUCUUGUUUGAGCUCUUUAUCUUGAUCAGAGAGCUGCAGGUCAAAGAUUUCCUGUGGAUCCAGUUCUGACUAUUUUGGUGAACUGUAAAUCUAAGGAGAAUACUCUGCUGAUGAUUUAAGGUGUAUUAAUAAUGAUUUGUUUUUCCAGCUCCCCAGAUUACCCCGAUGCGUUUCUGAAGUUGUGUCAGAGUUGGUUUAUUUGACUUGUGUUCCUGAUUUUAAGAGUACACACAGCACAUGUGUACACUCUUACACACUUGUAGUGUCGGCAUUUACACAUUUGUGUUAGUCUCUGUUGUGUCAAAGCCAAGGUUGCUCAGAUGUCACAUAUGGUUGUACUUAAAAGGAAUACAGAGAUUUAACACCUUUAAGAUGUCAGACAUGCUCAAAGAUUUACAGUCAACGGAGUGCGAAGAAUUUACCUUUCCCAGUUCUGAGUAACCACCGAUGGCUCCAGUCACUCACACUAUAAAAGUUCAGAGUUUAAAGCCUGAUAAAAACACGCUGUUUAUGAUGUCUGCCAAAGCAUUAAAUUCUCUUUUUCAUCAUUUUAAGGAUUUUAUUUUGUCCCCUGAUUAAAAACUAACAUUUGUAGGACCUUUUUUUGUGAGCACGUCAUUAUUCAAGUCUAAUCACUCUCUUUAAAUUAACACCACCAGAAAUAAUUAGAGAUUUGAUAGGGCUGGGUGAUAUGGCCUCAAAUCAAUAUCACAAUAUAUUAGGCAGUUUACCUCAAUAACAAUAAUGGACGAUAACUACUCCAUAAGCUGCUCACCCCCUCACACAUUAACUUCAUCUCCUUCAGCCACCGCUCCAGCCGCUACUACUUUUGAACCGUCCUCCAUCUCCUCUCCUGUCUUUCCCUCUUUGUUAUGGACUUGAUGGGGUGGAGUCAUGUCUUUGACGUAGGACAGCAUCUUAAAGGGACAUGAGACCAUAGCCUACCUACACACAUCCAAAACCAACUUUUAUGUAUACUUUUUUUACACUAAAAAUAUCAAUAUGGGCAAAAUGAUGUCGGUUAUUGUCAUAAAUUUCAGUAUCUGUAAAUUUCCGGUUUAUCGCCCAGCCCUAGGAUUUAGACCAAUCCCAAUAUUCCCAAGGAUGAGUGGUUUACAUCAGAUCCGCCCCACCUUUACCAAAUAUGAGAAAUUACACACGUUAAUGAUUAACCAAAGAGAUAAAGAAUAUGUUUCAAACUCAUUUAGGUUUUUAUUUCUCUGGAAAUUUCACACCAGAUUAUGAUCAGAGCUGACAGUCACACUGGAUUGGACCACUGAACCAAACUGUUUGUUGGAUUUUUUCUGAGAGGACAUUAAGACUUAAGAGGCCCUCUUGAGCGCCCUGUAGGACUUCACAUAUAGAUGAUACAGAUGUCUUGGUUGGAGCUGCAGGAUUGAUGUUUUUCAUGGAUUUCAUGACAACAGUUUGUUUGUGGAGCAGAUGUGUGGAUAAAGAAUACGUUGGUAAUCAGUUUGGUAGGGUUAUGUCCAUCUUUACCAUUAUGACCCACUAUGCGGUUGGUUCACUAUCAUAUUUCUUCAUUCAAGGCUGAAUGCUUUUGACACAAAAAGGCCUGAAAAGUCCCAGUGGAAGCCCUCUAAGAACUUGAAAUCAAAAAAGAAGUGCUUGAGGGUCGAGCGGCUCUGAGAACCAUUAAAAAUGUCCUCCUGUCUGGUGAUGAACAGAUCACACAAAUAGUGGCAGCAACAUGAGGAACCAGGCAAACCUUCCAAUAGCUGAACUUUCAUGUAACUCUAUAUGCCUGAAUGUGUUUAUGUGAUUUAAGAGCCUAAAGAAAUAGAAUUUGUUGCUAGGUAACAGCUUGUAAUGCUCCAAUGAUCCAUGAUUGUGCAGCCGAGACUCUUUCCCUCUGAUUAUGUCAUGUGAGUUUGAUGUACAUGUUAUAUUUAGCAGAUGUGUACAAAUAACACAUGAAGCAUCUGCAUAAGUAAAAUGGGCGUUUAGUUCCAAUUCAAGCAGAAACCCUUAUUACUGAUGUGGGUAAGCACAAAGUAAUAGCUUUCUUUUUUGUCGACUCCAGCACCUGGUUUAAAAAAUAUGUGGUAGUGUAACACCAAUCUAUUGUUUCUCUAAGUGUGUGUGUGUGUCAGCCUCUAUUGUGAUCGUGGUCAGUCCAUCAAAGCUUGGAGAGGGUGUUGGCGAAGCAUUUGGCCCACUGUCUGCUUCACACUUCCUUUGUUUGUGUGUGCGUUUGUGUGUGUACUGGUCCGAGCCUCUGUCUCCCUGCACUUCCUCCCUACCAUUGUGUAUGUGUGUUUGUGUGUGUGUGUGUAGAAGUGUAUACUGUUUCUCCCUCUCUUUUUCUCUCUCUAUCUUUAAUCAGACUCUUAUUGGGCUGAUCCUCCCCUGACCACAGAUGAGCUAUUUCUGGAGAUUCCUGUUAUGAACAGAUUAUUUCCCUCUUCCUCUGUCUCACUCAGCCUCUCUGUCUCGCUCACACACACAGCAGUUAUACUCAUUAUCUCAAACUGCAUCAGUGAAACGCAGACACACACAUUUGUCAUUGGACAGAUAAAGGUUUUAGAUUCAAGGACAAGGAUGGAGGUCUGCAUCUAGAUGAAAUAUAACUCCAAAUUUAGCACUGGGAUUUAACAUGAAUGCCCCGUUAUCACAGUUUUUAAUGAUUUUAUAACCUUGAUUGUGAAAACUUUAUGCCAUUAUUAUCUGUAAUUCUCAGACAAAAUGCUAGAACAAAGCUUUCCGGACCCCUACAAGCACAUCUUACAUGUUCAUCUCUACUUCAGCAUGUCAACUGUGACCUCUGCAGACCCAUAACUUGGUUAUCUCUUCUCUGUGCCUUUGUUGACACGGCCUUGGGUGUUUGUGUGUGAGUUAGACUGACACGUCCGUCCGCUGACCCUCACCUGGCCUCCCUGUUUGGGGUUAGGAAUGGAAGAAGAGGGGAGCAUGUGCCCUCAAGGCGAGCCCAGAGGACGGCGGUAAAAAAUUUUAAAAAUCAGAUAUUUUCCUCAGAUUUUUUUCUUUUACUGUCUUCUUCUGUCAUUUUUUUACCUUUUUGUUGUUGCUUUGUGGAAAUUUUUUUGGAAAAUGUCUCUUCUUUUUUUUUUUUUUAACCACACUAAAACUGCUUUUUAAGACCCUCCUCCCUCUGUGUGUCAGGGUCAGAGGUGACACUGUAAAGUUUACAACCUACAACAGUAGCUUCACCAAGCAGCAACAGGUUGAUGGGGCAUUCAGGGCCAGUUUUAUUAUGAGCUAAUGUUUGUGUUUCAUUUAGGUUUCAUUUGGUUUAGCACCCGUUUUGUUUUGGGUUUUUUUCCCACUUUAUUUCAGUAACUGAUCCUUUAAGACACACAGCUACAAACUUAUAAUAAUAAUAAUAAUCAAUUGUAUUUAUAACGCCUAUUUCACAGGUGCUCAAAGAUGCUUUACAAGAAACACAAUUCAAAAUAAAGAUAAUUUUGAGUAUUAAGAUCAGCAAUGUAAAAGGUUAAAAAAGACAUAAUAUGAAAAGAACCGUUCACAGGUUAAAAGCCAUUUGAAAAAGGUGUGUUUUUAGGAGUUAUUUGAAAGAAUGUGGAUCUGUAUAGUCUCGGGUGGGUUUGGGGAGUGAAUUCCAGGAAAAAGUCUGAGUCACAAAAAAAUCCACAGAAAUUUCCCAUAUGAUUUUCUGUGAGGGUAAAGGUGUUUAUCUGUGUUCUUCUUCCCAGGAAGAGUUGCAUUUAAUGCUGCCUUAAUCCCUCAGCCUCGGCAGUGAUGCAUCUCCCAGUUUCCUCUCUUUUGUCCAAAGCCCUCAUUAUACUCGUGUGCAUUUGAUCCGUAUCUGAAUCAUAAGCCAAACAAGCGCCUGACUCUGACGGUCUUUGAUGAAUGAAAUUGCAGACACUCUGAAGAGACACUCAUUUGGCCCCGGGCAAACUGGCAGCAGCGGCAGUCUGCUCGUCUGAUCCCUCACACUUUACAAAAACAGUGUUUUUAUGUAUUAAUCAACUCACAACAACUUUGAGAGUGCGCCGUCCCCCCCCCCUCCUCUGCUCUGUUCUGAGGUUUUUGACCCGUCAGCUGAGGGUAGAGCUAGGUUGGGGUUUUGGGUGCAGUGUCUGGGUGGUCGGGUUUUGUAGCUCAGGGAUUUGGCCUUGUUUGGUAAUCUUUCUUCAUCUCUUCUUCCUCUCUUUGCUUUUUUCUCUCCGUCAAUCCCUCUUUCAUUUUUCCCUCUUGCGCACACACUGACAUUUGUUAUUGUUCCCCCUCUCUUUAAGUUGCAGAUUUAGAGUAAUAUUUGCAAAAGAUUUCCUCUGUUUAUGAUCAUAUAUGAUUUCUCUUUGUGUGUUAUUAAUAAAUAAAUCUCCCACUGAUACUGAUCUGUCGAGGUAAUGCUUUAGCUGCAGUGUGUAGAGUAAAUCUCAGUGUAGCUUAAAUGCUCGCCGAGGUUUGUCUUUAGUGUCAAGUUUUACACUGAAUGCUCCAUAUAGCUUGGUCAUUUCUAAUAAAAUUACCGCAUCCUAGUAUCUUAAAGGGAUAUUCUGGCCUAAAAUUAAUUUAGAUGCAAACACACCAUAACACCGAGUUAGACAUCCCCAAGGAAGAACAUUUAUGAUCAUUACUUUAUCAUUUCCUUUAAGUAAUAAUCACCAUAUUAAUCAUUUUGCACUGCAGACGCUGUAGUUCUUCUGCCUUAGCGUCUCCAUCUGAUUGUAUUUCCAUGAAGUAAUGAUCAUAAAUGUUCUUCCUUGAGCUGCGUCACCCCGCUGUAGUCCGUAAUGGACUGGCCUGAGGUCUCGCUACAAACAAGCAGCUGCUGGAGGAGAGUAGGUGAGUUGUGUUUAGUCUCUUUGCUAAAGAAAUCAGGCAAAGUUAAAAAGAUGUCUGAUGGCUAGUACUAUGGCUGGGACCCUAUAUGUACUGUUGAUGAAGUUAGGUGCUGUUCUGAGCAUUAUCUGUGGCUAUAGUGUUGAGGUUUUUUUGGUUGAGGUUUGUUUAUGGCUCCUCAGACUGCUGUGUAUUGCUACCGUGCGGUCGUUACUAAAGUUGGUAUAACUAGAGAAGCGAGUGGUCAGCAACAUUCAUCUCUCGAGGGAGUGUCUAACUCGGAGUUACGGUGUGUUUGACCCUAAAUUAAUUUUACGCAGGAAUAUCCCUUUAAGCUCUGCAACCAUUUUGUUUCAGUGUUUUUAUUUAACUUGUCUGAUGUACAGACAAAAACAGACAAGCAGAUCGGUCAUUAAAAAGGAGAGUUUAGUGGCAUCAGAAACUCAAUUAUACAGCAAAGUGAACAAAAGAAAACCCAACAGUGACAGAACAAUGACAAAAAAAAGAGAUAACUGAGGAGAUGUUAUGUUGCAAACCAAAAAUGGAGAAUUAUGAAAUAAAAUCAAUGAAUACAUUAACUACAGAUGCCAGUUCUUACAAUCCUUUGACUUUCCAAAACUGUCUACCAGAACAGGAAAUGCUGAUCCAUUAUGCUUCCAAACAACAUGAUUUUGUCAGUAAAGUAUCUAUAUUUGUAUUAAAAUUCUGCUUUUGUCUUCUGCUAAACUUUUAAUGAAUCUCAAGUGAUCCCCACCCAUCUCCAGAAAGUACAAACUCCUGAUUUUGCUCCCUUCAAGGUCUCUGUUGGGUGAGUCACUUGUGACUUCUCUGUCAGCUGGGAGCGCUAUAGCAGCCAGUAACAGGCUGCUCAGUUAGCCAGCCAGGAUUUUCUGCAUCAUCCUCUCCCCCUCUUGGCAGGCCGAGCGGUGGAUUACAUGUAUUUCCCUGCCACAUGGUGACUCGUCUGGCUUUGCUUUUAACUGCAUCAUCUCAGUGCCUUUGUGUUACCAUGGUAAUAACAGAGGGUUGACUGGUGCCAAAGGCUGAGGUAUUUGGAAGUUCUUGGAAAACUGUGCAUAAGAGUCUCAAAGAAAGAGGGGAAAACAGGAAAACUAGACAGGCGGUGUUGAAGCGGAGCAAUUAUAAGUGAGUAAUAAUUACUCUGCCCAAAAACAGGCACAUGGAUACAUUUAAAGUUAGACACUUAACACUUCUCUUUUGCCAAAAACACAACUUUAAUUUGCAGGGGACUGAAAACAUAACCUUAGGUGCUCUCCAGCUGUCAAGAAAACAACAUUUAUCCAUCCUGUAAGUGUUUUACUUCUUGAUAUUGACGUGCUUUUAUAAAGUGUGUUGCAAUCAGAGUGUUUUCAUCACCAGCGUGUCCCCCCAUCUGUCUUGCAUUUAGUCGAUCUGUUGUUAUCGAGAAGGUGAGCGUGCGUCACGUGCGCUAUGAACAGGGGGCAGGACCAGGGGGCAUUACCAUACCUGCAAUAGUUCUCUAUUCACUGAGCCACUUGCGCUUUCAGACUAAUCUCGUGUCACAAAAGAGCGUCUCUCAGUCGUCUGCAGUGUGUCCUAAUGGUAUGCAAACUGGGUACCAGCCUCCAACUCAUUUGUUGUCUAUUAGGGGAGGUGGGCGAGGCAAGAGUUGAAAUAAGACGAGGGGAAUCCCGGGGAGCCCACUCAACCACUGUGGCAUAAGUUACGCAGCAAAAGUUCUUAGUUUCCGUGAUUUAAAUCACAGUUAAACCGUGAAUUAAACUCUUUCAAGCAGAUGAUGGUGAGCUGAGGUGAUCCUGGAUCGGUGUGUGCCUCCAGCUCCUUAUCAGGUGGGGAGCAGCGGGUUGGGUGGGUGGUGGGGGGGGUGGAGCCACGGCAGAGUUCCUAAAGCUUGAAUCACACCACGCUCCAUUCACAUUCCUGCUGUGGACCGCUUCAUUCAGGGACACACAGUGUUGGGAGGAUUUCAACAUUGAGGAUCGUAGUUAUAGCAGCCAAUUCAGAUUAUAACCAUGGAACUACUGCUGCGCGCAACGCCAAGAAGACGUUUGCAGACGGUUGUAAAGUGUUGAGUUUUGGUUUUUCUCUGGAUUUAUCAUGCGGGCUUCGCCUUAACAGUGGAGUAGACCUGGACUGGACAGUAACCGGGGGUCGGUUUUCUGCUGAGGCUGGUCGCGACUGAGAUACAGAAUAAUGAUUUUAACACGUGAGUCCAUUCACUGAUUCUUACUCUGAGUGUGUGAUCGUGAAAAUCUGAUGGUUUUACAUUCUGCGUCCAUGCCGUGAAGCGGUUUCCUGUUUAUCUGGGACAAGAAUAUCCUCACUUGUAGGCGUAAUGUGGAGUCUCUAGAGUAAACAUUUUUGAGGUACAAUUUACAUAGAAUUUUCUAACUGACUUGCUUUACUGUUGCUUCAACUAGAGAGUGUUUUAUGGGCAUCUUUAAGGCGCAACGCUGCGGGCUGUCAGAUAAGAAAUCUCCCAGGUUUGCGCAUAACUCCGCGUCUCCUCUGCGCGUACUCAUGCACAAACUCUGAAAAAGCUCCAGCUCAAAGUUAUCCUCCUCUUCAAAAACCAUGUUUACAGUGUUCCCCAUACACCGAACUUCUCUCUGUUUCAAAUCCCCCUCCUUUUACGCACACAUCGAGCCUUUUUAAUUGGAUCCAACGUUGAUCCGUGUUGUGGAAACAAGGUCGUGAACUGGAAUGUUCAGGCUAAAUCGUAUUUAGUGUCUUUUGGGAUUAUAAGAGGGGAACCAGUCCGCGACGUCUCAGCCUUUACAGUGCCUCCAGUUUGUUCAACUGCCUGUGCCUUUUGCCUGCCUUUCGACCUUUUGCCACAACGGGGGGAGGCUGAGAAGAUGUGUUGUUGUGGCUGUAUAAAAUCCCCGUUUUUUUUCGGUUCUGUGCUGGCAGGCUCCACUUGAUUUGUGGGCUCUGGUCUUUUGUCUCAAACUGUUUUAACUGCCUGUUCCAACACAUGGCUCCUUAUCAGCUACCUCAGGUCUGGAACAGAUAUGCUCUGCAAUGACAUUCAGUUGGGCAAUAAAACCACCAGGAACGUGCGCAGACACACACACACACACACACACACACACACAUGCAAACAGUUAGCUGUUAUUUUACAAACUAGGUGGAGAAAACAUGAUUGUGAUAAAAAGUAUUAAUUUACGAUUACAGGAGGAGAAAUUCCAGUAACAGAAAUAGCAGGAAGUAUAAUUCCUCCUUCUGAAUGUCUCUAAAUCUACCCAGGGGUUGGGCUGAAUGGGUUAGUAGUUAGUCAGACAGUUCAUAGUUGUGAUGAGAGAAGAGCAAAUAAAGGAAAAUCACUUCACCUACACUCCCCAUGAAACAGGAAAUGAGCUGAAGUCUUAUCUAAAAGAUUUACACCCAGUUGGCACUUAGUUUCUCAACGUCCUGUGAGGGUCUCAUAAGUUCUUUUUCAGGCGUACCCUCCCUUGAUAGAAACGAUCUAAGAUAUCCUUGGAUCUGCGUAUGAAUGGGUAGCUGACAUGUUGGUUGUCAGCUAUGCCAGGUCACCUGAUCUCCAUCUGGGACCCUCUGUGUAGGGAUAAAUCUUUCGUCACGGGGUGAGACGGGGGCCCUUUGCGGUCAGCUCCGUGAUGAUCCAUGUGGACCAGCUGUGUUUGAAUGCCUAAGUGUCCAUGCAUCCGUGCUUGUCCUCAACAGUGGUAGAUAACUGAAAUGGACCAUGGUAACCUCAUUACAUUUUCUUUAGUGUGUGCAAAUGGGACAUAGCUUGAGGCCGGCCAGAGGGUGGUAUUCCUGGCAUCGUCUGACUUUGCUUACAGUCGGACCCUCUCAGGGAACACCAGCUGUCUCAGAAAACCUUAUACCCAUCAGGCGGAAAAUCUGUUAUCGUCUAUCUGUGCAUUCCAAGAUAGAAGUGGAGAGAUUUUAAAUCAGUCACGCAAAAAAAAGCAAGUGCCUCCAGCUGUUUAAAUACUAUUAUGAUGGUUCCAGCUGUCAAGGACAUUGUGAUCAUACCUGAAGAAAAUAAAACAAGUACAUGGACUCAUCAAGAGUUGAAGGACAUACCCAGCAAUGGUUUUGCUUGGUCUGUGUUACUGCAGAGACACCAAGUCUGGUCUGGUUUACCAACUCACCUGUCUAGACCAACUUCGCAGCUUCUUCCGAAUGACCCACCUAACCCUAAAGUUUAUUAAACCUCCUCCCUUUGCCUGACUUUUGUAUUGUUUUACAGUCAGCACCUUGAAACCAAGUGAUGAACAGCUAAUUCCAGAUAAGCCGCCUCAAUUCACAACAGUUGUUAAUCAAGCAUUGUCCUCUAUCAGCCGACUUCAAAGACCCAGCCCUGGCGAUAACUGUAUUCAGACUCUUGACCUCCAGUUUGCCAUCUAUAAGGCUGAGCCUUUGAGGUGGGAAGCAGCAUCCUUUGUUUGCUAGUUGCUUACGAACUCCCACUGGAGCUGAACAUUACGACUUGGCCGAGCCAGACCCCACUGCCUCCUGCAAGGGAGGGAAAUUUUGGUCGGCAAUUGUGAGAAUUUCCUGCCACAGGAAAGGAGAGGAGAGAAGGGCAGAGCGGAGCUGAAACAAGCAGAGAGAAAAGAGAGAGAGAGAGCAGUGGAGAUUAGGUUAAGAGCCGGGAGAGGAAAAGCACAGACUAUGAUGGAUAAUUUUAGAAGUUGAUACCCCAGAGCAAAGGGUGAGGCUUAACCCCAACAGGCUGCUCAACAAUUCAGCUUUGGGCCAGUUCCAGAAGAAAACCCCCUCUGGAUCCAUAUGAAAUCUCUAUUAGCAUCAGCUCAGCUAUUUUGCUUUUGUUGUCUGCUGUUAGUUUCUGAAGAGAGAAGUAAUGCAGUAUUCACAUCAGCCAGACUUAAUGCUAACUCUUUUUCUCACUGGAAGGAUCAGUCUUUGCCGGACAGAUUUUUCCUCUAUGACUUGUCCCCAAGAGGCUCGAUCAGUUGUUGCCGCAAACGCAUCUGUUUCUCUGUCCAGCCUGGCGGACAUGUUUCAGACAUCCUGUGUGGCUCCCUCAGCAAGACCAGAAGUUCUGGUUUGGGCUGUGGUCAGAAGUGAACCUAUGCAGAUUGUUUCUCAGUCUGUCUCCUAGCCAACAAAACCACAACAAGUGACGUUAUUAAGAUGACCAAACAGAAGACAGGAAGCAGAAAGUGACCUUAUGCAGUCAUGAAUUACUGUUCAUGCACAUAAAACUGUUAUGUAUCGUGAAGUAUGUGUGCUCUUUUGCUCUUGCUGCCCCGUCUCCCUAUAGGCUCUUUCUAUAAAACAGAACUGAAAUCCGAAGAGGAAUGCGUACAGACUGUGCUGUUCCGAAAAUUACACUGCAUACUGAAAUAAACAGCCGACUGUUGGAUAAUUAGUUUGCCUGAACAGUAUUCUCACUACUGUAGUUGGCCUUGAGUUCGUGCUGUUGGCUGGUUUCCCUUCACAUAUGUAAUCUGUUGUACUCCAGCCAACUUGGCACAUGUAGGCAGAUAUCAGACUCAUUACCGGGGUAGUGAAAUCCACUUUUCUUUUUCGAGGAGAACUCUGAAAUUGACAUUUCUUGCUUUAAUAUUCCAGCCCUGAUUGCUUGGUGUAUAUGUUUGUCCAGCACUGCUUUGGAGCUGUCUUAAACCAUGAGGACGUUUGGCUUUUACACACAAUCGCCGGAGCCAGUGUUUGUCUUGGCUGCCUCCCCGCCUAUUAUCUGGCUAGGAACAAACGGAGGCAGGGCCUUACAGCCGGGUGGUCAGCAGCCACCACAGCGCCGCUCAGCUCUUUUCCUGUGUGGGAAGCAGGAAGAGGAAGUGAGGUAGUUCCCUGGCGAGGGCUAAGGAAUUGGGUUGGUCACUGAAGGAAGAGAAAAAAUGAGAAAAGAAACCAUGAACCUGAAGUUAUCAAAGUAAACAGAAAUGUUAAGGGUUGGACGGGGUGUUGUAGAAUGGCCUGAGAUACUCAUAUAAACUUCUUUUUUUAGCUUUGUUAACCCAACCUUAUUUUUAAUUCCAGAUGCCCAGGACGCUAUAUGUGUGUGCUUCUAUUGUUAGAUUGUUUGCGCUAGAUGCCCUAUGCCCUUGUCCACUUCCUGCAGCCAAACAAAAGAUGGAAAAAGAAUCCUGCUUCAAUAAACAACGACACAAAUAUUAUUAAGUUUUACCCAUCUGCUGUGGAUACUGUUAUUUUGUUUCUGAGACACACACCAAGUCCACGUUAUGUCACUGUAAAGCCGAAUUGACUCACAUUCUAGGCCAACGGGGUGUGUCACCAGUGGGUAGCUUCCCUCCACAGGCUCUUAAUGAAUCCCAUCGCCCUCUUUUUGGGGUUUGGGGGGUGGAAAGCUAAUCUUGUGUUUGUAUGUCUAAUUUACAUCCCAAUAGCUUUACUGUCUUUUGAGUAGUUUGUCCUUAAACAUGAGGUUGGUCUUUGCAAACACACACAGACUGGCCUCUGCACACACUGGGACACACAAGUAAACACAGAAAGCUCAGGCUCGAUGCAGCGCUUUGGAGAAUACUGGUAUAAUUACCCGUUGGUUUCUGAGCUGCUCUGCGUUCACUUCAGUCUAAAAAUACCCAUCCCAACACACCCACCAUCAGAGACAUGUCGUCCACAUCUGCAAGGAAAAAUGGUCGUUCAUUCGUCUGCUAGAAUUUGGUUAGAGCAUACUUGUUAAUGUGUUGUUUGACACUUGGGUGCAUGCUAGUGUCAGUGGUUGCUUCAGGAGUGCUGGCCCCUGCAGUGGCAGAGGGGAGACCCCGUCUUGGUCGUGUCACACCUUGUUGUUAGUGGGUUUGUCUGCCGUCUAGGCUUGUUGUUGGUAUGUAAAUGCUCGUAUACGGUUGAGCCCAGACCUUUUGAAACAGAAGUCUUCCUCUGACCUCUGCCUGUCUGUCAGACAGAACUUUAUGGUCACCUUUCUUUUGUAACACCUUAGUUACCCAGCUAGCAAAGACUCAGCUGUUUGACAUGAUCCAUUGCAUGUUUAUUUGCGAGUUUUCUGACAAAACACUGGAGUCCGGCGUCUCUUUUAGGAGCCGCCUGCUCUUUUUCAUGCUUCUGGCCAUGAUCUUCAAACUUAAAAAUAACAGACUGAUGUUUCACAGAUAAAAUAAACUAAACUGCAUCUCUUCACUGGUUUAGCCCAGUCAUGCUAAGCUAAACAUAGCACUGUCUAAAAGUGUAAAGGACAUAAUUAUGAUGUCCAAGUAAAAGGAUUGUUGAAAUAUAGAUGGAAACAUCCAACUAUCCUUCCUUGAUUUCAGGGCCUCACAAACGCUUCUAGAAUUGCAGCAGGAUGAGCGAGUACCAGGCCUUCGUGUUUAACAGUCAUUCCUCAUGUUGUCACUUUCAUCCCCGGCUGUAAGGUCUCUUUUCUGCACUGGUCUGGUUUACAAGUUUUUCUCAAGGUUGUGCUACAUUUGCACGUGCUGUUAUUCACCAAAGCAGACAUUACAGCUCCUGAAGGCUUGGAGACAUGUUUCUGUCUCCUCCAUGCAGACUGCUGGCUGUGGGGGUGAUGAGGAGGAAUCUUGAAGGCUGGGGUGUUUGUAGCCAUUUGGCAUGUGUCAACUAAGGACUUUCACAGAUAAUUGGGAGACAGUGCCACGGCUUCUGAAACACCGUGGACCUCAACAUUAAGUUUGGACUGAGCAUAACACGGCCAGAUGGUGCACCCCGAGUAUUGUCUCACAGUGUAGGAGAUGUGUUUUGAUCAGGUUGUUCAGUAUUUGUGUCAUUAAUGGAUGCAUGAAAUAUGCAUAUUUAUGUGCACAUGGUUGAUUAAGAGUUGGUUUACCUUCAGGAAUAAAAAGGCGAUAGCUAAAACCUUCAAUAUGACAGAAAUUUUACAUUUAGAUGGAUGGAUGCAGUUGUGUCAUAAGAGUAAAAGGCUAAAUUCAGACAUUUUCAGACAGAGAUCCUUGUGCGAACAAUAAAAACCAUCACCUCACCUGCAUGAAGAGUCAAGUGGCACACACUUGGAGUGUGAUGGGGUCGACACAGUUUGCACGAGUGAUGCUUUGAGCUCUAGCUUUGGAAGUAUGUGAGAGGAGAGUGACCUGAGUAUGAGAUAGCUAAAAAGGUCAAGGGGUUCACUUUUGAUAAGCUGCUAUCUUGUUGGAGCCUUCAACUCUAAUCUUUAUUUUUGUCUUUUAACAAGAAAACAAGAUUUUUAAAUACAUUUUAUAUGCACCCAAAUACUACGAUAAUGAUGAUAUAUUUUCACUUUAUCGUAGACUAUUUAAUAUGUUCCUGUUGUAAUACCUGCACAGUAUUUUCUGCAUGUGUAAGUGGAAAUAUCUCUCCCCCAAAUCUCAACAUGUCUUGGUUUUCUCCCUCUGUUUCUCCUGCAGAAAUCGAAGCCAAAGAAGCCUGUACCUGGCUCCGAGCCGCAGGGUUCCCACAGUAUGCACAGCUUUAUGAAGGUAAGGGCCCCAGGUGGCUGCAAUUAAGAUAAGAAGGACCCAAAAGUUGUUAAGUUGUUUUUGUAACAAUACUGUAAUGUAAAUACAACAUCAGCGGUAAAUCAAGCCAUAUGUGUGUUAUACUUUCACCCAAUCUUAAUGAGAAAUCUGUACAUAUAGCGCCUGUGAGGAAUAUAUUCCCAACAUUGGUAAUCUCUCCAGUCACUCUUUGAGGACCAAACCAAAGGUUAUUUUUUGCUUUUUUGAAUAUAACACUAAACAUGUCCUCUGUACCCUCUAAAGUUACACAUGCACUGACAAAUGGUUGAGAAAGAAUGCCCCGUAGACUCUUGAGAUCUAAAUAAACACAAAACAUACACGACACAUUCUUCACACUCCAUAGAGCUACUAUAUCAGGCAUACCUUGGCCACACCAGUUGCUCUUAUGUAACUAGAGGGCGAUGACAGCUAGACCAAGCAAUCAUUGUCAGCAGGUCAUUGCUUUUUGCCAGUUAACCAUAAAGGUUGAGAGCUCUUUGUGUUUGUGCACAGCUGAUGAUGCUGUCGGGUACAUAAAUGAACAUAAUUCAAAGGUGCAGAUGGUCGGUCCAUCACUCACUGAGAGAGUGAGAAUUCUGCCAACGCGAGACGUGUCUUCCCUUCCCUUGUAUCCGUGAGACAAUCUCCAUUGUGUUAGCCGUCAAGACUAUAGCCCCACUAAAAAUCAGCCCGCUGAUGAGGCUGUUUCAGAACAGCAGGCGAAAAGCUGGCCAACAGUGAAAAGCAUUUUCUUAUCAUCAUCGCCCCCGAGGAUUUGGAUGCUGCUUAGAUCCCCUUUGUGGGUUUGGUCAACAGAUUCCUGAAACAUAUCCCAAAAUCCAGUCAUCCUUUAUCUAUAUACGAAACUAUAGUAUGUAUAUAUAUUCUUUAUGAUUUAAGGCAACCUUUCCAUGUUUGGCAUUUUUAAUUAAUGAGUUCGACUUCGACAAAAGACAGAGUAAAGGAAGCAGGACCUCUUAGCCACAGUGGAGUACCUAUUGUCAUUCUUCAAUCAAUCCCCUGUUCUCUCCCCCUGCGCUCCACAUCCCCCCUGCUUGCCCGCCCUGAAAGCUGCAGCUGUGUUUGUUUGGUCGGCUAAGACACUACUUCCUCUUUUAGCUUUUCAUCGGACCUUGUAUGGAGGGGGAAGGUGGGACAGAGGAGCCCCGGUGGAUGUUUGAGUGGGCGAGUGGGUGUUUUUUUUUUUAGGGGGCCAGUGAGGACAUACAGAACGCUUAGGUUCUGAACUCGCUGAUCCAAUCUGCUGCAGGUAGAUGCUCACACUUAUCUCUCUGUUUAGACGCCCUGUUUCCCAUCGACAUCUACUCAGUCACCAGAGACCAUGACUUCCUGGAUCGGGCCGCGAUCGAAGCUCUCUGCAGGUGAGAUUAAGACUCAUGCUGAACCUUUCAUACUUCUGCACUAUCUGAACGAGUGCGCAUGAGGGCACGACUUCAAAAAGAGGCAUGCAAGAAAGACACGAUAAGCACCUUGGAGCCUCGGGUGUACCUUUCCAUCUCUGCUAUUUCGUUUUCUAGGUCCAUACCGCCCUCUCUCAUUAUGUUCCUCUUUCUCUGAGGCUGAUAAUGUUUACCUCAGCCAUCAGAGUCUUUUGUGUUGUCCUGGCAAGCUCAUAUCUCACUCUGAACUUUCACUUCUGGAUGUCACGCAAUGCCUUUUGACUUCCAGUCUUCCUUUCUCGCCUCAUUUGCUCUAAAUUCUGGGGCUUAUGUGGAGAUUCAGAUCCAAAGAUGCUGGUUUCUUUGAAUGAAAAACACAAAAUAAUUGUUUGCAGUGAUGAUGCCGAUUACCAAUUCCCAUACAUAGGCGUUGGUAUUAGGGAUGGGUGAUAAAUUAUCAUUCGUUGUUUGAUGUCACUAGUUUUCUCCAUAACCUACCACCUGAACUUGUAUGUUUGUGGCAGAAUUAGUCACAAAACAUGUAUUUGAAUUAUAAUAUUUUUUAUCGAGACUUUUAUCAUUAUCGCCAGGGUGGAAAAACUUAUCGUGAUAAAUUUUUUUGGCCCUUAUCGCCCAUCCCUAGUUGGUAUAAGCCAAUACACAGUGCCCCUCUAAUACCAGUGUGAUGAUAAACAAACAUUUUAUUGGUGAAAAACGAAGGAAUUUGAGCUUUGACCAACAUUGCGUUUGUUAUUGUAACACAUGGUAUCUGGGGAGUUUAUUGGUCACAGUAGCAGACAUUCCCACUGCGAUUACGGUAGUAUCUGAGGAGGACAUUGAUACUAGUAUUGUAUUGAAUUUACUCAAGUCAAAGUUUUCUACAUCUUGUGUUUUUUUUUGUAAAUGAAGUAAAUUGGCUGUAAAUGAAAAGCAGUGAAGAGGACAGGGUUCGAAUACCAGCUGGUGCCGUCAUGAUUAGCAUCUGAGGAGGAGGAGGUUAAUGGCUCUUUAAUGGAGUCAACUUCUUAAUCAAAUUCUGACUCUGAGUAAUAAACCCCAGCAGGUGUCCCUCCACACAUCUGGAAGCUAUCAUCUCUAUGUCUCCUCUCUUGCUGCCCCCUCCUCUUCUCCCACUGCCCCAACUGUCCCCAGGUCCCCAUCCCUUCAUCUCUCUAUUGUUACAUGAUCUGCUCUAAAAGCUCUCCAGAGAGGGUGGACCCCACCGCCACCACCCACUCACUCCCCUUGUCCAGGUGGCUCGGGGGAUAAGCUUUCGCCCCCCCCACUCCCCCUCCCAAAAGAUAUGUCAUCGCCACUCCAGCAGAUUUCAUUCUGCUCGCUCUCUCCUUUUCUGUCUCCGCUCUCAUUCUCUUCCCGCUCAGAUGGGGAUUAUCCUUCAGCAGCUCAUUAGCCAGCCUGGCUGCACCCAAGCUCCCCCUCUGUCUUUCUUGUCCUUUUUUUUUUUUCCUACUGUUUCAUCCUUUUUUUUUUCCCAUCAUGCAUCCUCUUCUUCAUUAGAGGUGCGUCUUAAUAAAAUAACAAGAGGCAGGGAUAUUUUAAAGAACUAUUCAAAUGUAACCUCUUUUGUGUCCGUGUGUUUGCAGGAGACUGAACACCCUCAACAAGUGCGCUCUUAUGAGGCUGGAGAUCUCACCGCAAAGAAAAAGAGUAAGUGCACGUGCAUACACACACACAUAUAUUAACUCCUAGAGAGAAAGCCCCCUUUGCAUCUCUCCUUAACCGCAAUUAGAUUUCCUCACCUCAGCUCUCAGUUCACUCUUGGCCACAGGGCAAAGCUGUGUUUUCUCUCGUCUUGUUUAAUGAGAAGGCACCUGUUGGGUUUAUUUCUAAAUCAAGUGGGCUGUAAGGACCCUAGGGGGAGGGAGGGUAGCUUUAAUGUCUAAAUGAAGGGGUUGUAUUCAACAGAACCUCCCCUUACUUGAGGCAGGCUCCCGUUCUGCCUCAAAUAUUUCCUUCUCACCAAAAAAACUUGGUGUUUUAUUUUAUUUUUGUGGAGCUCUUUUUAAACGGUGGCUUUUUAUGAAACUUACCCGCUGUCUUCGAUUUGGAUUUUCUUGGAAAUGUCCUUUCCCUGCUUCAUGUGUAGCUAGAAAGCUCGAAUCAACCCAGCUUCCCUAUUAGCUUAAAGCGCUACAUAGUAACGUCCUUGUUCUGUGUGUGGUGGUAUUCAUUAGGGUGACCCUCUCUGUGACACCUUUCAUUUCAGAAGUCAACAGAGAAGAGUCAAAGAGGUUAUUUGCCAUGUUUGUGGGAUGACACCCCCUCCCCUCCCCUCACACAGCUUAGGAAUGCAUUGAUCUCCUCAUGUCUUCACAUUCCCCCCCUCUUUUAAAUCUCCAUGUGUCUGUUCCUCAUUCUUUCGGGUUCGUUCUCUCAGUCUGUCUCCUUGUAAUUAUGAAUACUCUUUAUGACGGAGAAGAUGCAAAAGCAGACAGCCAGUUGCACUGAAUGUUUCGGUGUUCUCAUGGUUUGACGAUAUCUUAUCUGCAGAAGGUUAAGCAAUGGUUGACGGUGUAUCAGCCAGUCAGUUCUUGAUACACAAUGAAAAACAUGUUCGUCUUAUCUCACAAUCCAGCCUGCAGAACUAAAGGAGAAAGCUCUAGUGGAUGCACAAAUGUCACUGAGACUUUACCCGUCCUUUUUGGGUAUUUCACUCAAGUGUAAGCUGGGGGUGGGAAUCACUAGUGGCCUCAUGAUACGAUAUUAUCACAAUACUUGGGCCACGAUACUACAUUAUUGCGAUUUUUAACAUUUAUUCAACUGUUUAGCUAAUUUAGCAUUUGCCUUUCCCUUAUGUUUGUCUUAUUUACAGAGUAUUUUGUUUUCAUGUGCAAACCUUAGAUUGUUGUACUAACUUUCUCCUGCUCUAUUAUGUCACCUCUGCCAACCUCACUGGACAAACAGUUGAUUUUACUUUUCCAUUAUCAUAGAUUUGACUUUGUAUUAGCGAUUAAUUUGAAAAAAUCGAUACUCGGUAAAUGAGACGAUACGAUAUAUCACCGGACAAAAUAUCAUGAUACUCUGCUGUAUCGAUUUUUUUCUCUUGCCCCUAACGUAAGCCCUGUCCCAGCAGUACCAGGUUGUACUUAUGCCCACUUUUCAUUCAAUGUCCAUCAAAUUUUCACAGCAAAAUAUAAAAUUAAUUCUGUCGUACUGUAAAGAUCCUUUUUAAGUGUGAAGAAUCCUCUUUGUUUUUCUGUGUGACUGUGUUUAUAUGUUGGUUUGAAGGAGUUUGUAUACAACUCUCAUGGAUAAGAAAUGAGGCUGAACAGAAGCUUUGUGUGUGUGUGUGUGUGUGUGUGUGUGUGUGUGUGUGUGUGUGUGUGUGUGUGUGUGUGUGUGUGUGUGUGUGUGUGUGUGUGGCACAUGCAUGCAUACAGACAGACGGGGUGGGGGAUGAAGACAGUAGGGGGGGAGUGACCCCAGUCUGGCUGGCUGCAUUGGGAGCUAUGGGGGUCAUAAUGGAAUUUCCUGAACUCCCUCCAGGGCCUGAGACAGAUUAACCAAACUUGUGUGCGUUUUGUGAAGGUGCUGGUGCUCUAUUUGUAACUCAGUAAUGGUCCCACUCGCUCAAGUUAGGAGGGAGCUGAAUCAUGCUUUACUGGAUUAAUGUGAAUAUCUUUGUGUCAUCAAGUCUUUGUUUAACCACAACACUUCAGUUUAAGAGGUGUUAUGCAGAAACAUCUUUUACGUCAUUAAACUAAUCGCUGUAAUGACUGAACAGCAGCUGGUACGAAUUUAAAAAAAGGUUCAACGGUUUUAAAAUUGGUUUACCGGAAAGUUUCCUGGAAUAAGGUGAGGAAUGUUGGAGACAAAAAGGGAAACAUAGAGGCCUACAAUGUCCUAACUGUUCCUUUGCUUUCCUCUCUCUUUUUCCAUCUCCUCUUGCUAUUUCUUCUUUCACCCCCUCCCUAUCCGCUCUCUUCCUCAUUUCCAGAGCGAGGACUCUGAUGAAGACGAGCCGUGCGCCAUCAGUGGACGAUGGACCUUCCAGAGAGACAGCAAGCGCUGGUCCCGUAUGGAUGAGCUGGAGGUUUUUUCCUCGCUGUCUCCAGAUGCUGCUCCGUCCAAUUUGACGAAGGACCAAGGCGCCCAGAAGGGGAAACCGGCUUUGCGUGAAGGCAACAGCUCAGAGAGCGUGCUGACUGACCUCAGCGAGCAGCCGGAAGUGGGAUCCAUCCACAGUAAUGGGAGUGGAGGACGAGGCGAAGAGAAGAGCCAUGGAGCCUCCCUCACAAGUGAAACUGCGCCUGUUGGUGCCACCCGUGCUAGCUCUGUAGCAAGCAUGUGUUCCUCCUCCGGCACUGGCGGAUCAGGGUGUGCCAACGAGGACUCAUUGUCAGACGGGAUGCCGCCAUCACCCCUCGAAACACUCGAGCAUUUCACCUUUGAUGUGAAAAGUGGGAUGGGUGGACUAGGCGGGAGUCUGGACAGAGGGGGCGGGAGUGGCAAAAGCACGCGCUCACGAGCGAAGAGUUUCCUGAAGAGGAUGGAGAGUCUGCGGCUGCGCAGUGGCACCACCUCCAAGAGAAAGAAGAAGGGGAGCACAGGUGGAGGGAAGAUAGAGAUCAGCGGCCCUGUCAUCAAAGAGGGUCUGGAUGACGACAAGCUGAGGAGGCUCAACUGUGUGGACAUCUCCAGUAUCAACCUGAACCAGAACCUCAAUCACCACCGCAAUCCCACUCAAACCAUGACACUUAACCGGAAGCGCUCCGUUUCUUAUUCCACUCAGACCAGCAACGGCAGCACUGGGAGCACUGGGAGCAGUCAGUCUGAAGCAAGCAGCGGGAGUGCAGUCAGCACGCCAAGCCCGGUGACUCGCGCCCGCAGUCACAGCACGGCAGCCGGCUCCAGUAAGAGAGGAGGGAUGUACUUGGAGGGUUUCGACCCCUUCAGCAUCCUCCAACAAGCUUCAGAUCGACAGCAAGCACCCCCACCCAAAUCUGCCCCUCCCAUCCCUUCCCAAGCAGGGAUGACCGUCGACGAGCAGAACCGAAGGAACAACUGCAGUGUUCGGGGCAGCAGACAAGCAGAAGAAGAAGAGGAAGAGGAGGGCAUGAUCUUCUUCUAUCUACCAGAGGGCCACAAACCGGGAACCUUCCCCAAAGCCUUGCAGGAUGGGAGUUCACGCAACAACAACGGAAACGAUAACGGGAACUCAGUGAUCCUCCGGGGACGGCAAAGCAGGCGCCAGCGUCGCAUGUCCUCAGGGUCUGUCGACAGCCGACUCAGUUUUUACGACAACGUCCCCUACACUGAGAGGGAGGAGGAGGGGGAGGAAGAAGAGGGGGAUGAACGCAAACUGGAGGAAGUGCUAAAGCACGUCAGCGGACUGCAGCGGUAUGUUAACGCCUGGUCAGAGGCCGUGGCUGGGGAAGAGGAGGAAGAGGAGGAGGACGAAGAAGAGGAAGGGGACUCCGACUCGGCGCUGGACUCGGCCUCCCCCUGCCCGUCGUCUCCUUUGCAGAAUCGAUUGGAGGAAACGGAGAACGGAAGCGACCAGGACAGCACAGGAAACCCCCUGGGCGAGGGAGAGGAAGGGAUGAGAGAGAGGAGAGACUCUGGCGUCGGGGCAUCUCUGACCAGAACCAGCAGGUCAGUAAAGAAAUCUCAAGAGUCUCUUUUUUCUUAAUGCCACAAAAAUUAAAGGGCAAGUUCGUCAAAAUUUGUAAAAAAGGUGAAUUUAAUUGUGUUUGUAAAAAGUUGUUUUUAUUCUAACACACUUUUUUAUAAACUUCUUCUACUUUUCCCCUGCAUUCAAAAGUGAAAACAGUAACUCAGCCCUCUGCCUCUAAACAGGCUCGGGCUUAUGGGUAUCCUUGUGUAAAACCAAACCAAACAUUAGCAUGAAGCAUGAAAAGCCCUCGGACAACAACACAAUAGAAAGACAAAUACCGAGGUACCAACAGAAAAAAAGUUUUCCAUAGAAAGUGACAGCAGAGGAUAAACACGGGGACGCGCUCAGACUCUUCUCCUUACGUAAUUCUGCUGAAUACACUGGAAUGCUGCUUGGUCCCCAUGGCGACUGUUGCUGUUCCCUCAGGAAUCCACAGACAGAGUUACAUUCGAGGGGCGUGGGGUGUUUUAGUCUCUAAGCUGUCUCUUGAUUGAUGUGUACAUAAACCCCUCUAAUCCUUAACCUGAUUGCUUGGCACAACAAACUACAAAAACCAAUUUUGUGUGCACACAAAGGCAUGACGCACUUUUAAGGACUUAAAGUGCAAUUUUUUUUCUAUCAUCGUUCUUCUUUUCGCGUCUCAAUUUCUGCUUUUCCCCCCUUUUCUUUCCCUCCUCACCCCCAGACCGCAGAAACUUCGCUGGCCAAGCUUCCAGAACUCCCACCGGCCCAGCUUGGCGUCGGCCCAGCUCCAGAUUAGCUGCCAGUCUGUGCUACAGAUGAAUCUGCUGCAGAAGCUCUCCAUGCUGCAGCUCACCGCUCUGCUAGAGAAACACACCCCGACAAACAAACACGGUUUCAGCUGGUGAGUGGACAGAGUGCUAGAGACAGCUUUUUUUUUGAGUGUGAUCAUGUGAAACGUCCACACGAUUGUUACCCUUCCCAUCACAGCCCAUGUCCCAGUGCCCUCGGUCUGCAGGUUGUUGUGUAGCGUGAUGACGGCUGUCCACAGAGGUUGGGUUUCACAUUCUUUUCCCAGGCCCAUAAUUGCUGGGAAGGGGGUGUACAUUGUCUUUUUCUCAACGGGGCAAUCAUGGCGCUUCACACGCAUGGUGUUACAAGAGCUGCAGGCUUGACAGAUCAGACCCCAAUAAUUACCCCUCCACCACUACACCCACGAACAGGACCAGGCUACUGCUCUGACAUCACUUUUCCUCUGUUAUCGAUUAUCCCAUUAUACCUAAUUUAACACUCUGUAGUGACACUUUGUAGUGUUGACUUACAAAUUUUCUUUUUUUUUUACUUCUAUUUUUCUGAAUGAAAGGUGAAACUUUGGUUUCUCAAUAGAAAAGAUUAAAACACGUCUUAUGCUGCAUUCGAGUUACCUUGGAAGUCAGAUGUCCGAGUUGGGAAUGACGUCACACCAGAGUUCCCAGCGUCUCGGAAAAAAAGCAAAAUUUGAGGUGGAAACUAGAUGGCUACAUCUACGAAAGGGGAUGCUAAAAAAACUUAGAAUAAUUGAAAUAACAAACGCUAAAAUAACUUUCACAGAUCUUGUUUCCGCCUCCGAUUUUGCUUUUUCUGACUUGUUAACUGAAACGCUGGUAACUCGGGUGCGACGUCACUCCCAGCUCGGACAUCUGACUUCACUCGAACGCUGCAUUAAUCUAGCCUGGCUGGGCCAUCCUGUUGCGGGAAUCACUUGAUGUUCCUUCCCACAACAGUUUGAACUUCGGCCCAUUGGAAGCCCUGAAAGUGAGAGGGAGUACUUUCCUUGAUAGACAGACUACUGUAACCAAUCACCGUAACCAAGCAUCUGACAUCAUCACAGAUGCUUGGUUAUGGUGAUUGGUUACAGUAGUACAUGGACCAAUCAGGGGCUGCCUUUCCCUGUUGUCCGGGUAACAGUGAAAACACAGUCACUGAUUGGCCCGGUUAUUUUCUGAUCGGGAAUACACGCUCCCAAUGGGCCGAAGUCCAGACUGUUGUGGGAAGGAACGUCAAGUGAUUCACGCAACAGGAUGGCCCAGCCAGGCUAAAAUUAAUCCAGAUCAAAGUAAAUGUGUUAUAGAUUUUAAAUCAUUGCGAAACUUUUACAUUAUGAUUAUUUUUCAUUAUUACACAGUACAACCUUUUCCCACAACGUGACCAUUUCAUGAUAGUUUGCAAUUUCCGGUGACAGAAAUGACCGGGUGAAAAAUCGAAUCAUAUUCUUGUAUUUUUCCACUCUCCACUGUCCGUUCUUCCUCGGGCAGAAAUAGAAAACGUUAUGUCUCUGGCUUGUCUUAUGACAGACUGGCGCUUACUGAAAGACAGAGGCCACUUGUUGGCUGCUGGAGGCCCACACAUAUUCAGAAUUCCGUCCCAGGAUCAUAAUAUGCUCCUUUUCCACUUUUUUCCCCAAAGUGUGGUUCUGAGGAGCGCUCCGGGUCUUAUGAACGCUCGCUCUCACAAAGACGAGUUUGUCCUGAGUCACGCAUUGCGUCUCUGUGCUAAACACACUCAAACCCGUGGAGGGAGAUGCACGGCUAUAAAUCUGUGGGCGCACGCCCAUGAAACAGUCAGAUUUGCGUGUUUGAGCUCUGAAGUCGUGGCUGUGUAGACUUUGUGUUCCCUUGCAUUGAAGUGCACACACACACACACACACACACACACACACUUACACAGAGGGUAACAAACAGUAAAAAAGACACUUUGCAUGGAUGUAUGAGGAGGUGGGAUCCUCUUUUUUUUUUUGACACCACAGCACAUAUCCCCCUUCCCCUCCCUCGUUGAUCCUCCCCCCUCAUAAACCUGGAGACAGGCUUCUGUGGAGGCUUGGUUUCCUCCUUACACACACACUCACACACACACACACAAAAACACACACUGACGUAUCCAGACCCACAAUUUUAAGUUUAUUCAGAGUCGCAGUUUGACGAUGUCUUUAAACUUUUAACUGAACUGACAAGUAUCUGAAACUUGUCCCACAUGAUUCUAGAAAUUCUUGAUCACUUUGUCUUUUUCAGAGUUUUUCAACCUUGAUUUUUUUAAGAUCUGUUUAACAAGAAUAAAUUCCCCACAUACCUUUAAAUUAAGCCAAAUUUUGAAGCUGCCCACCCUACACGGUAUAAAUGUUGAUUUCACAUCAGCUCAGAUGAACCUGUAACCGUUACUGAUUGGUUUUCCACUCUUGUGUGUUGCAGGGCCGUGCCAAAGUUUAUGAAGCGCAUCAAGGUGCGGGACUACAAAGACAGGAAUGUGUUCGGUGUGCCACUGCAAGUCAUCAUCCAGCGGACAGGACAGCCCCUCCCCCAGGGAAUUCAACAGGCCAUGCGCUAUUUACGCAACCAGUGCCUGGACCAGGUAAAACAUUAAAAGGCGCACAUAGCGACAGGGUUACACGGUGUAAAUGUAACCCUGUAUUGUAAUUACAGUAUGAACUCAUCAUCAAAAUCCCUUUCAGACAGUAAUGCGGCUUUUAAGUACCAUUUGCAGUUUCCAAACAUGAGAAGCGAAACUUCGCUGCAAGGUUCUGGGGUUAUGUAAUAUGUGAAUUUAAGGACAUCUGCAAUCAGUUAAAAAUGUUCAUCCUUGAGUUUUUCACUUGAAUGUUACAUAAGAUGGAGCAAUGAGAAAAAAAAUACUGAUACCCGCCUUUUCAAGUAAGCAUGUGUGUGAAUGUGUGCGUGCCGAAUCUGCCUGUCCCUCUCUUUUUUCCCCCUCUCUGUCACACACUCACUGGAGCGUGAGGCCUGGAGAUAGUCAAAGUGUGCAGCUGUCAAGUCCCCCUGUGUCUGUGUGCUCGUUUUGAAGACGUUAUAAAAGAUUUAUCUCUGCGUGUGAGUGAGCGUGUGUGUGUGUGUGUGAGUGCACACAUUCAUAAUGGAAAGAAAGGAAAGAUGGAGAAAAUAGCCAUUAAUGGAUGGCAAAGGAGUGAUGGUGUUCUCGUCCACGCAGGACAAGGCGCCUCUGUUUUCGAGCAGUGAAAGCUCAUGGAAAAUAUUCAGGCUGGGCAGGCCGGUGGACUUUCACUUCUUUCCUCCCAAGCUUUUGCCCUUUCAUACAGCCUUACAUGGCUACUGAUGAAGUCCAACACAAGAUUGAGUAUUCAGCGAAAUGCCCUCGAGCUGUUAUGGAGCUUCUUGUAAAUACAGACAACAGGAUAUCUGAUGUGAUGUAACCGUAUUGACUGUAAGCUCCGGAUUUGGGCAAAAGUCGGGAAUAUUUCUAAUGGAAACAACCUCAAGAUGGUUUUUGUGAGCGCUCUGAGCAGAUAAUUCAGUUUUUGAAACGGCUUAAUAAGAGGAUCAAACUAAACUAACAAGGGAGUUAGAGUUCAAAGCUGACUUAAUCAGGUUUAUAUGAUGUAACUCUUUUUUUUUUUUACCUUUACUCUGUUUCCAGGUGGGUCUUUUCAGGAAAUCUGGAGUCAAAUCACGCAUCCAAGCCCUUCGUCAGAUGAAUGAGGCGAGCGGCGCGGAUGGAGGCGGAGUCAACUACGAGGGCCAGUCGGCGUAUGACGUGGCGGACAUGCUGAAGCAGUACUUCAGAGAUUUACCAGAACCCCUGCUCACCAGCAAACUGUCGGAGACCUUCCUCCAGAUUUAUCAGUGUAAGAAUACAGACACAGAUUGUAAACAUCCACAUGUUGUCACACACGCCUUAACUCCACAGUCACACACCUGUUAUGCAUAUUGCUUUAGAGCGCAGAUGUUUGCCUGCAAUGAAGCAAGAACUUGUGAAAUCAAGAACACAAACAGGAUAAGUGAGGAAAUACCUGCUGUCAGCUUUUUUUUUACCUGUUCACUGUUGCUGCUGCUGUCGGUUCUAUUUAUAUAACCCGAAACAAAACCAGUCAUGUGUGAAGUAUGAAGUGUACGUGUAGACACACAUAUAGGCUUAUAUAAUACACUUAUGUCAACACAGGGCCCAUCAUAGCUCGCUCUUGGCAGGCAAAUACAGACACUCAACCAACCUCUUCACUUCACCAGUGACACAAAAGGAUGAAAUGAUUGAUAGUAAACAAGUUUUCCUGCGUAGAAAAGUAAAAGUUUGAUUCCUCUCCUCUAGACAUGCCCAAGGAGCUCCGCCUGCAGGCCGUACGCGCCGCCGUGCUUCUGCUGCCCGACGAGAACCGUGAGGCGCUGCGGACCCUGCUGUGUCUGCUGAGCGACGUGACGGCCAGCGUGGCUGAGAACCAGAUGACCCCCACCAACCUGGCUGUCUGUCUGGCCCCCUCUUUGUUUCACCUCAACACCCUGCGCCGCAAGGAGAGCUCCUCACCGAGGUGUGUGCUUGUCUCUGCAUCAGUCAGUAUGUUUCCAUGACACUCGAGAAAACUGAAUUAUUGCCGUACUCCGAUUAAGACUGGACAACUGAAGUGCAUGUAAACACCUUAAUCUGACUAUAAUCGGAGUUUGAGAGUUGGAGAAGUCUGAUUAAGACACGCCUCGCCCCCGCAACCCCGGAACAAAAACCCCAGAGAAGAGGAGUAGCGUUCAUCUCAUCUGCAGAAAAAGUAGGGUGUACAUCAUGUACGUCAAUAACAACGCUGUAUGAUGCUCCAUUUUCUUGCGCGAAAAUGCCCAGCAGCAGUUGUAGCCACUUCUGAUGUCUGGCACGGACCUGUUGUUGUUGUCGACAGCACAAUAAUUCGAUUUUUUUCAGCUGCACGUAUACGCGGACAAGGAGAGAAGUCCAAUUCGGCGAGAAAAAACAAAUUAAGAGCUUAGUCCGAUUAAGCUGCGCAUGUAAACGCACUGACUGCGAUUUCCGUCACAAUGAUUGUCUUAUCAGCUUACAUAACACGGACAUGUCAGUACAUUCUGAUAACAGGAAAGGAUCCCACUCGUAGCAAAAGAGCAGGAUACUGUAGAGAAGAAAAAAUGAAGACAGGAAAGGGGAGAGGCAGAGGAAAUAGAAGGGUUACAUCAACAUCUUGGCUGGAGUAAGAAACACAUAUUUUGCUUUAUAUUUAGAAGAAGAGGGUUUAACUUGUUCUCUCCUCUUUACCAACUUUUCCCUCCGUCCUCUCUUGCAUUGACUGGCUAAAGCUCAGAUACGGCUGCUGUGUCUUAAACUGUCGUCUUUUUCCUCUCAGGGUGAUGAACAGGAAGCAGACACUGGGAAAGCCGGACCAGAAAGACCUGAAUGAGAACCUGGCUGCCACUCACGGCCUGGCACACAUGAUCCAGGAGUGCAGGAAACUCUUUCGGGUCAGUCGUUUGGUACCACUUAUUACGAGUCUGCUAACUUUGCACACACCUUCAGACAUUACAUGUAGAUGUGAGGGACAAACUGACAGAUUAAGGGAUGAAGAUGUGUUUGCUGACACCGUAACGUGACCCCAUCAGAGCCUGAGCUCCCCUGAGUUUGUCCUGUAAACAAACAUAAUCCUCGUUAUAUAACUUGUUAAUCCAAUUCACGCUACAACCUGCCCAAACAGUGUUGUGAUUACUUAAGGCAAAGGUGCCACCUGUCCUCGUGUUUGACUUUAUUUUUCGAACGACUGAAAGUCCCAAAUCUACAAAUCCACUUUAUUUGAGAUUCUGAGUCCACACGGAGAGCACUUGACCAGACAGACAGGAAACAAUCAGAAAGCGACACUAUUACCAAUCCGAUUUCACCCCAAAAAUCCGCCCUUGUGCAGUGAGACCUAAUAGGCUGCGUAAUGCGGGUCAUCACGGUUAAAAAGUUUUAUUAGAUUGCGGGAGAGCUUCCUGGCUUCCUGUCAUGGGCGCAUCACACAACCCGGAAACUCGAUUAUCUCUGGAAUUAUUUUCUCAUAAUUAGAUUUCAGCCUGCCCCGUGGAAAGCCAUAAAAAAAGACGACGAGUUAUGAAAUGACUGUCUAGAAAUUAUAGGGAGCCCUUUUGUUAUCUAAUUAAAAUCCUUUUCUUAGACCGUAAUGAUGUUAAGCCUUCAAUUAAACGGGGAUGAUGGCAGGUAGACAGAGACAGAGGGAGUUAUGAUGAGCUGAGAAAACAGGGAGAUGGAAAAAGGAUGUCCUCGAUUUCACUUUGUGCAUCGUAGUCAAAGUUUCAAGUAACAGACUUAUAAUCAGGUUCUCAGUGAAGUUUCUCUCCUGUGUGCCUUUGUGUUCCAGUGAGAACUCAUUAAACUGCCAUCCUAUUAAACAGUCAAAUUAAAAUAUGUUUCCUGGCACUCACUCUCUUCUCUCUCCUCAUUCCCUGCAGAUCCCAGAGGAGAUGAAUCGCUGCAGGAACUCGUAUGUAGAGCAGGCACUGCUGCCGCGCCGCUUCGAGGAACUGACAGGUGAAAACGCCGGACAGGGAGGUUACAGAGUGUACCUACGAGACAGCCUAGACGCCCUCCUUAAGGAAGCCAAGGACAAGUUUAAAGGAUACGACAGCUGUUCGACUCCUGAACACGCAGAGCUGGCCUGUAGGAAGGUAUGAAGACAUUUUCAUCAACAUCUAUCAUCGUCAUUAACUGAUCGGUCCCAAAGCGGCUUUCAUGACGGAGGCUGAAUGUAAACAAGCCACAACUCAUGAGACACACACUCUUGUCUGUUUAUCUCUGAUUCCUCUCUUCCUCCCUGCCCUCAGCUGCUCCACAAAUUGCCUCAUGGAAAACCAGCAGUUAGGGUUUCCUGUAUAGAAACACAUCCGUGUGAAACUAGCCUGGCCUUUGCCUUCUCGUUCCCAUCCGUACACUGGACCGUCUCCCAGAAUGACAUCAGUCUGACAUCAACACACACACACACACAUAUAUACGUACACAACUUCUGCCAUUAUCCCAGGCCUACAUUUCCGGAGUCUAGUGAGCAAAGGCCUCAGCGUGUGUGUGUGAGGUUAUCUUUCCUCAUGUUGGAGAGUCACAAGGCGCAGAGUGUGUGUGUGUUCUGUAUCAUCUGAUGGCAGAGCGGGCCGAGCAGCUGACUUGGCUGAAGGGCACAGGGAGGUUUAGAAACACAGACGGGCUGUUGUGAAUUAAAGCUGGAUUUCUAAUUUCUGUAAAUAUGACUAAUACGAUUGGAAAACCAUGUGGAACACUUGCAUAAGACGCUCAAAGUUCUUAUAUAUUUUCCGCCUGUUAUCGUCCGGUUCUCGUUUCCGGACAUCUUGUUUUGGACUCUGUAAACUUCCACACCUCCUCUUUUAAACCAGACCGGCUGUUUGUUCAAAAGUAAACGGUAUAUACUAGCUCCACCCAGGAAGUCAAAUCUUGGAGGUUAAACUAAACUAAUACGACUCUCCUCCUGAUCUUCCAGGUUCAUGACGGCUUCCCUCUGCGGCUGUGGAAGGUGACUGUGGAGUUGCCUGCGAGUCCUGAAGAGGUUCUGAACAGGGUGUUAAGGGAGCAGGGCCACUGGGAUGAGGACUUGCUGGAGAGCCGUGUGGUGGAGACCCUGGAUGAGAGAACAGAGGUCUACCAGUAUGUUAGGAACACCAUGGCUCCACAUCCAACCAGAGACCACCUGGUGCUCAGGUAGACAGACCCCGCUGCCCUUUCCUUUGGUAAUCCAGGGUUUUUUCUGAUCUUAUGAAGUUUUUUAAUCCUUAUUAUUCUUUGUCUUCAUCAGAACAUGGGUGACAGACCUGCCAAAGGGAGCAUGUGCAAUUGUGUGUACAUCUGUCGACCACGAAGGCGCACCUGUCGUAGGUGUGCGGGCAAACGUCCUCACCUCACGCUACUACAUUGAGCCCUGUGGGACCAACAAAUCCAGACUCACACAUAUUUCCAGGAUCGACUGCAGGUGAGGAGCAGAGAUCUAAACUCUGUGAUCUUUAUUAUUUGUCUGUUUGGUGAUGGAAACAUGAGCUAACAACACGUUUUUGUUUGUUUGUUUCUCAGGGGUCGUUUCCCAGAGUGGUACAAUAAACUGCACGGACACUUGUGUGCAGCAGAGGUGGCGAGGAUACGCGAUUCGUUCACCGUUUCCAUGGAGAAAUAAUUUAGCCAACUGCGUCAUCAUACGGUGGACUUACGGACCAGGAUCUGGAUCCUACAGAAGACUUGACAUGACACGUUUAGCCCAUCCAUGCAGAGAUUUAGACUGAGUCCAAGCCUCUGUAUUCUCACACUUAAGGACAAAUCCUGAAUCCUGGAUUGAAGGACUUCUUUUGCUCUGAUUUAGCCACAACAGCCUGGUGUUACUGUUAGAAAAAAAGACCUGCUCUGUUGGGCUCUGAGUGUGCUGCUUCACUUCGUACAAACAUUUAUCUGGGCCAAAGGUUUAUCCAAAAGGGUGCUAUUGCUUCUGAGAAGCAACAGAGGACUCAACGAGCGUGUGUGUGUGAGCGCGUGUAUGUGACGUCGAAGCAAACAAGCGGUUAAUGAAUAUAUUCCUCACACUGGUUUCCAGUGGCAGCAUAAAGUGUACAUACAGUAUUCUGGUCGCAGUGAGGGUUUGUGUCUGUACUGUUACCUCUGUUUUUUUUUUCUGUUACAGUUAAAUACACGAGGAGUCUGGGAGGAGAUAAUAUUAUGCUCAGCUGAUUGAUGAAUCCAUUGGUGCAGAAAGAUGUGAAUGUGUUGACUUUAAGGAGACAAUAGACAGGAUAUAGUGAGAGGAAAUAUGAUCAGUGGUGUAGAAGGUUUCAGUGUUGUAGUGCAGGAAGGUAGAAAGAGGAGAGAAACGGUGGCUGGCUCACCAAAAGAGGAGAGGAGUACAAUCCUGUAAACCUCGAUAUGUCAUUAGUUUGAUCCAAAAUGCUUUCUUCUUUGUAAAAAAAAUGGACAUAAUUGGUGUUACUAAUUUACUAAAGGACAUUUAAUCAACAGCAGAGUUUUAAAGGCAGAAUUAAACACCGACGGAUCCACGUGAAAGGACCAAAUUUGAGAAUAGUUGUAAAAGAGACAGCACCCCCUUUCUAAGCUUUUCCUCACCUGAUAAAAAAAAAGAAGAGUUAUUGUUGUAAAAAGCACCGUCAAUCCCUUUUUCCUGUUGUUGUAGGCCAGGUAUCACUUCUAUACAUAUGAGAAUAAGAGUAUUGAUAUCACACUGAUUUUGAUGUACGUAAAAACAGAAAAAAAAUGUGCAAAUUCUAGACUAUGUAAGAUAAGAGGAAAGCAGAGAAAACAAUGGUCCUUUUAUAAAGGUGGAGAUUUUACAGGUUUUACUGUAAAGGAGAGGGCAGAAUGAAUGUUUGUGUGAUUCAAAGGAAGGAAAAAAAAAACUUCUCGUAGUGUAAGCUUCUUUCUCUGUGCCAUCAUAUCAGUGUUUUUAAAAAGAAGUAUAAGAUUCAAGUCCUCAUAACAAAAGUUGACCUUUAAUCGUAACGCUCACGCUUCAAUCUGAAGACUCGCAAUUGUUCGUCAUGUGGAGCUGUAUGAUUAAUACACUAAGCCAUUGUUCAUUAUUGUAACGUCUGUAUCUUUAACUGUGUUCCUGCCAAAUAAUAGCGCAUGACAGUGACAGUUAAUUUAAACCAAUAUAUUUAUACCUCAGAUAUCUUGUUUGUUUUGUAUCAUACCAGUUUAUGUUAUUUUAUUGUAAAUGUUCAGCCUUGUGUUACAGAAAUGGACAAAUGUUUUAUCUUUUUUAUUAAUAUUAUUUCUGUACAGGUUAAUCAAAAGUGCACUAUUAAAUGUAUUAAACUAAAACAAACU